CUUCACUCUGAUGUUGAUAAAGGAGAUGGCUCCAUCAAAUACAUCUUGUCAGGAGAAGGGGCAAGUUCCAUUUUCAUUAUUGAUGAGAACACGGGGGAUAUUCAUGCUACAAAGAGGCUUGAUCGGGAGGAACAAGCCUACUACACCCUCCGAGCACAAGCACUAGAUAGACUGACAAGUAAACCCGUGGAACCAGAGUCAGAAUUCGUCAUUAAGAUUCAGGACAUCAAUGACAAUGAACCUAAAUUUCUGGAUGGCCCUUACACUGCUGGCGUGCCUGAAAUGUCUCCUGUGGGUAAGUACUUGCAGUUGAAAACCAAUUCUUGUUUUUCUUUUCAUUAUUUGCUUUUUCAAUAUUUUCUUUCUUCCUAUUGCUUAUUGCUUUAUCACACUACUGUGUUGUCUGUGACUUACUUCUCUUGAGUAAAAGCCAAGCUUGAACCCACCCCUGAAAUCUGCUAAUCCAUGACAUGCAACACUUAAAGUUUCUAGAUGAAUAUUUCAAGAAUAAGGGAGGGAGCGCAUCUGUGAAACUAUUUUCUGAAACAGAUAAAAGGUAUCAUGCAUUCAAUUGGCAACCGAAAUAAUCAGGUGACUGAAGAAACUAAAAUAUGGUUUUGUAGAACUGGAACAGGUUUCAGUGAUUGGGGCUGUUUAGUUUAGAAACAAUAAACUAUGUGAGGGAUGGAACAGGAUGGAGGUGUAUGAAAUCAAACAUGUUGUGUAGAAAAUGCACAUAUAAAUGUUUUUCUUCCAUUUAUAACGCUAGAAUGAGGAGUCAUCUAAUCAUUGAAUGUUGAACUAUUCGGAAUAGACAAAAGAAAGUGCUGCACAACACAGUGCCUCUUAAACUGUGGAAUUCUCCUCCAUAAGAUGUAGUGAUGGCCACCAAAGGAGAUUAGGCAAAUUCAGAUUCAAAGAGGAUGGGAUAGGACUAAACAGGUAGUGAUGGCUAUAUGCCACCUUCAGGAUCAGUGGUAGCAUUCCUUUGUACAGUAUACCAGUCAGUGGAAAACAGAAGGGGGCUCUUGCCUUUAUGUCUGGGCUACUCACGGGCAACUGGUUGGCCUUCGUGAGAAACUGGAUACUGAGCAAGGGAGAUAUUAGUUCUGAACCAUAUGUACCAUAUGUUCUUAAGGGACAUUUUUGAAGAUUAAUUUGAAGUGCUUUAAAAACGUUAAUUUGAUGUUGCACCCUAAGUGGUCCUUCAAUGGCCUCAUCAGGAGAAGUCCCUAGGUACCAAUCCAUGAUUGUCCACACGUCUCUCCUUCACCUUAAAGAAGCAAAUAAAACAGCCUGUUGAAAUGUAGUAAUUUGGUAUUGUCACUGAUUGCUAAAUAUUGAAAGAGUUAGUCAUUAUUAAUAUCAUUGUUGUCAGUCAAUAUGAGCUUGGGUUUUUAGGUACUACUUGUGUAUUUGGCUAUUGUUCCUUCUCAGGAAUAGGAAGAAGAUAUCAUCAGUUUCUGAUAAGUAUUCCAUGUUCAGUCUCAACAGACUAUUAUCUGGGUGUUUCAUUUUUCCCUUGUAGAGUAACUGGUGUCUAUCUUGUCCAUUGAGUUUGAUAUACACUCUCUCUCACACAGUUCUAAAUGUGUUAGUUCUCUCACUGAAUUGUGCUGGUUAUAAAAACAUAAUUUCUUUCACUUUAAUAACCUUAAGAUACCAUUUCCCCCCCUGGAUCAGGUCACUUUAGAAAGACAUUCAUCUCUAGAGUUUGGGCAGGUAUUCUACCUGUUACUAAUUAAGCUAGUCUCUAUAUCAGGGGUAGUCAACCUUUUUAUACCUACCACCCACUAAUGCAUUUUUCUUGAUGGUAAAAUUUCCUUACCGCCCACCAGUGCUGCAGUAACAUGUAGCGUAGAACCCCCUACUGCCCACCUGGAAUCCUGAAAUGCCCACUAGUGGGCAGUAGGGACCAGGGUGACCACCCUUGCUCUAUACAGUAGCUAUCAGUGUGUUGAACUGUAGCUUAAAAUAACAAUAUGUGGGCUGUUCUGUGUCAAUAUUUUCUUUGCAGUCUAUACUGCUCUAACUGCCUCCCUUUUUGCUUCAAGAUAGUGGUGGCUUUUGGUAAUAUGGUUAAAAAUGUCUGGAAUGAUGGGAAUUCUUCUGCUGUAAAUUGAGUUGCAUUGUCAGUCAUGAGUUCAUGUGGCGAGCCCAAGUCAACAAAGGUAUUGCUCAGCUGUGCAGCAAGCCUAUAGCAUGCAAGAGUAGGCAAAUGAGUAUAUUGAUACCCCUAGAAUAGUAGCCCACAAUAACCAGAUAAUAUCACCUUCCCAGGUCAGUUGUGAGCCCCAAAUGCAUAAAAGUCCAUUGCUUUGUGUUGAUCAAGUUCUUUAGCAGUCACAGGGUAGAGUUUUGUUAUUUACGUCAUAUCAAAUUCCAGUCUACCAUACUGUAUUCUUGGCCCCUUUACAACAUUUGGUUAGACCCUGAUAUCCUUGUUGGAUGAGGUCUACGAACUUCUCCUUGUAUAUCAUGGUGCAACAAUAUAGGGUUUUUUUUGCUUUUGCUUACUUGCUUGUUUGUUUUGCUCUUAGGCCUUUCAGUUCACUCAGUUGCAGACAGACAGAAGAGUACUUCCUAGCAUACUCUUCAGAUCGUUUCUCUUCAGAUCGUAUAAAUCUUUCCCCUUUUUGAAGAGUACUUCCUAGUAAUCUCUGAGGUAUUGCUAAGGUAUUCAGGUCCCCCUGAUCUAAUAUAGUGUAGGAUUUAUCCAUGAGUAGAUGUCUACAUCUGACAAGCCUGUUUUAGAAUGCUGAUAGAGAAGUACACAUAGUAUGUGCCUUGACUUCUCUCUUUCACUUGCAAGUCCCUGUUUGCACUGUGGGCUUCAUAAUAAUGCAUCUGCUAUGGAUGCCUGUUUUUGUCUUCUAACGUACUUGUCUACUGAAUUGAAUCUCAUCAUUGUUAGUAGAAGAUGCUGGCCUAGUAAUGUACUUGAACCAAACAUUUUUCUUAAAUCAAGGUCACCAAGGGUUUAUAGUCUGUGAAGAGUCUGAACGAAAGUAGAUCACAUAGGCAUCUAUAAAAGCUUUACAGUGCCCAAACACUAGCGAAACAUUCUCUCUUUUCACCCCCUUCAAAUUUGUGCAUAGCAUUUUUCUGCUUCAGUAAGAGGUUAGGUAAGCGGUCUGGAACAGAAUGCAGUGAUCUUGCAUUCUGAACUAGGCAGAUGCGGUGGCAUCACACCUUAUUCAAAACUCCUUGCAAGAAGAAGAAGAAGAAGAAGAAGAAGAACUUGUUGGCAUCACAAAAAGUAUAAGAUUGGCUAUCAGAAGUUGUGUGCCCUUUAUAUUUGUAAAGGUAGCCUCCUGAACUAUCUCCCAAGCCUGGUCAUUGUGGAUUUCAGUAAAAGGUUUAGUGGCUGUGCUUCUUUGUGCCUCUUUGAAGACGUCUUUUGAAUAUUUAUUGAUUUUAGUUAGAAGAAUUUAUAAAGCACUCAGUCAGAGAGUCCCUAUGUGGUGAACCUAAAGCAUAGAAUAGAAUAGAAUCAUAGAAUCCUGGAGUUGGAAGAGACCACAAGGGCCAUCGAGUCCAACCCCCUGCCAAGCAGGAAACACCAUCAGAGCACUCCUGACAUAUGGUUGUCAAGCCUCUGCUUAAAGACCUCCAAGGAAGGAGACUCCACCACACUCCUUGGCAGCAAAUUCCACUGUCGAACAGCUCUUACUGUCAGGAAGUUCUUCCUAAUGUUUAGGUGGAAUCUUCUUUCUUGUAGUUUGGAUCCAUUGCUCCGUGUCCGCUUCUCUGGAGCAGCAGAAAACAACCUUUCUCCCUCCUCUAUGUGACAUCCUUUUAUAUAUUUGAACAUGGCUAUCAUAUCACGCCUUAACCUCCUCUUCUCCAGGCUAAACAUGCCCAGCUCCCUUAGCCGUUCCUCAUAAGGCAUCGUUUCCAGGCCUUUGACCAUUUUGGUUGCCCUCCUCUGGACACGUUCCAGUUUGUCAGUGUCCUUCUUGAACUGUGGUGCCCAGAACUGGACACAGUACUCCAAGUGAGGUCUGACCAGAGCAGAAUACAGUGGCACUAUUACUUCCCUUGAUCUAGAUGCUAUACUCCUAUUGAUGCAGCCCAGAAUUGCAUUGGCUUUUUAGCUGCCGCGUCACACUGUUGGCUCAUGUCAAGUUUGUGGUCAACCAAGACUCCUAGAUCCUUUUCACAUGUACUGCUCUCAAUCCAGGUGUCACCCAUCUUGUAUUUGUGCCUCUCAUUUUUUUUGCCCAAGUGCAAUACUUUACAUUUCUCCCUGUUAAAAUUCAUCUUGUUUGUUUUUGCCCAGUUCUCUAAUCUGUCAAGGUCGUUUUGAAGUGUGAUCCUGUCCUCUGGGAUUACAAAUAAAACCAAUAAUGUUUAGAAACAGCUAUAUGUAACUUGUUAACAUGUCCAGGUAAGCUUGAUGUUUGUUUGUUUUUUAAGCUCUUGCAUUAAGCAGGACAAUGAAGAUGUUCAGCAGUGUCAGAAAGCAUCUUGGUUCUGUAAUGUUAGUCAGUGCUUACAACUCUCUGGACAAUGUCCUUUUCUAGGCCUGUCCUUGUCCCAUAUUGUGUGAUUACUUGACCCAAGAACUGCAUUUCAACUUUGCAUCAAUUAGUUUGGUCCAGAUUCAAGGAGACUGUUCCAUAAGAUGACCAGAAUUUUGUCAUAGUCUUCCAUUGAUGUAUUAGGAUGUGUAUUAGGAUCUUGUCCACUAAUACCACAGCUCCUUUUGUGUUUCUAAGGAGCCUUGUCAUCUUUCUUUGAAAAAUCCUGGGAGAACUUGUGAUUCCAAAUGACAGACAUUGAAAACAAUAUCCCAAAGGACAUGAUAAAUUUAGUCAGUUCACCACUCAGUUUUGUCAAAGGUGUUUGCCAGAAACUGCUGGAGGCAUCCAAUUUGGAAACUACUUUGGCUCCUGUCACUUUGGGGAAAAGGUCAUCUAGCAUUGGGAGUACAUAUUUUUCUCUGACUACAGCUUCAUUAAGUUUUUAAAGAUCUAGACAGGUGUGCGUUUUCCCAUUUUUCUUGAUGACAGGGAGCAUUGGUUCAUACCGUGAGGUGAGCUCAGUCAUUUGCUUAAGUGUGCUCCUUUCUUUUAUCCUUCCUAGCACCAUUUCUACAUUGUGAUAUAGUUGAAUAGAUAUUCUGUGGCUGUUCGUACGUAGUAUUGUUUGGCCACAGAUCUUAAAGCAGAGUCCACAAUGUCUCAUUUUCUUAGGCAGUUGUUGUCAAACAGUCCUAUUUCUCCCACAACUUUUAGUAGCCCCAUUUAGGCAGCUAUUUCAUGACUGGGGAUUGUAUGGCAGACAGAAACGGCUCAUCCGUGUAGCUUGUUAGUGUAGUAGAGCAUCCAAAAGCUUGUAUAUAUUCCUUGGGCUGUGUAAAACAAUUGCUGCCUUUUGCACAUCUGUGAGUGCUCUGGAAUUUUGCAUAGGCCUUCUCUGAAAUAAGUGUAAGAUAAGCUCCUAGAUGUAUUUUGAAAUUAAUAGCAUUUUGACUGGUAGUUAAGUUUAUUUUCCAAGGAGGGUCAGUGUCCUUACACAACAUAUACUUUAAGAAAAAAUGCCUGUAGACCACUGUGGUGAGUUGUUGCACUACCUGAAUACAACAGGUCUCUGGAUGAUGUCCUUCUCUAGGCCUAUAACGAUAGUAAAAUGUCCUGUCUUCAAAUACUUUCUGCACUAUGCUCCUCUAGCUUGACUUUUGUAAUUGGUUUUUGUGAAUUGCAUAGAGAAUUUUGAUCAAUGGGUUGUCUAGAAAUGGCAUUAAAUCAAUAAAUAUGGCUUUGUAAAGAGUUACAUCCUCUUACAGUUGCAUACUUUCAGAAAGCACUUGGUCUAUAAUUCCAAACACCAAUUUGUCUUUAGAAUCUUCAAGCUCACUGUGUUCAUCCUGUUAAUUCAUGAUAUUUAUGGCCCUCCUCAGCAAAGGUAAAGGAUUUAAAAACAUUGUUAGCUCCCCACACCUGUACCAUAAAGGAAUGAGCACAAUUCCUUUCUCUCUGGAGCUUUUUUGGUCAGGCAAAGGUAAACAAAUUUGACUCUUUUCUUCAGGAUUCUCUAAACUGGAACCUUCUGGUCCAGGAACUGUGCCUAGAGUUGGGUGAAUCUCUCAUCUUUUCAGUCCUAAGUUCAGUUCUCCACAUUUUUAUAUGAAAAUCAGCAUUUUUGUGUGAAUUUAUUCUAAUGCACACAUUUUUCUUUGCAGUUUUGUUCAUUAUUCAUUUUUGCAAAGCAAUUUUCCCUAAUAUAAUGCCUUUCUGUAUAUCAUGUUCACUAAUAUAUGCAUUUUUGUACACAUUGCUUGUCUGGAGGAUACCACUAAAAAUACAGAGAAGUGUAAAUUUGGGAAGGUGGCUGUUUUGUGUUCUUUCAAAAUGUACAAAUUAUGUAAGUUUGCCUUUCAGUGUGUGGACUAAAUAAUAAUAAUAAAAGUCCCCUCCAUAAUGGUGACACUGUUUGUUGUAUUUGGAAUAUGCGAGAUCUGACACCAAGUCAUGGAAAAAUCAGGACACCAGUCAGUCUCCACGAAGAACAGAACAGUAGCAGGAAUCUCAUGGCUCCACAUAGAUACAACUAUGUCUGGUCCUAUCAAAUGAUUAAUGCAAUCUAAAGCCCCUACUCUACCCAUGUGGCUUUGCCGAGUGGUAGGGCCACUGCCACAUCUGCAAUCUUGCAGCACAUUGUGGCCAUGGUGGAAUAUGGGGAGGCAGUAAGGCUGCUGUACUAGCCUGGAGCUGGCUUCACAAUCAGGCUUGGAUCAGGCCCAAUGCCAUCAUGUGGCAAAAGUGAGACUGGCUCAAGAUCCAACAAGCCCCAGAUUAGCUCAGCCCUUUGCACUUCCUAUAUCAGGGCCUUCUGCUGACUGCCCAUGGCUGGCGUCCCACUACUGUCACUCUCACUCACAGGUUUGGCAGGCAGAGUGACAUUUGCAUUACACUCUUUGCAGUGGGAGGUCAUCUUGGCUAGGAGAGCUGGGUAGAGGGACACCUCAUCUCGAUCCAAAUCCCACCCAACUCAGCUCAAGUGUGGUUUGGAUUGCUCUGCUAACUAUAUAAGGACACCGUCCACACAGAGAAAGACUACUUUAUUGUGGCAUGAGCUUUCAUAACUAAGGUUCUACUUCAUUUGAUACAGUUUUAGACCUAGAUAAAGGUAAAGAGACCCCUGACUGUUAGGUCCAGUCGCAAAUGACUCUGGGUUUGUGGCACUCAUCUCGCUUUACUGGCCGAGGGAGCCGGCGUACAGCUUCCGGGUCAUGUGGCCAGCAUGACUAAGCCACUUCUAGUGAACCAGAGCAGCGCACGGAAACGCCAUUUACCUUACCGCUGGAGCGGUACCUAUUUAUCUACUUAAACUUGUUCACAGAUGUCAUUUGUUUAUCUCAAGUCAACAGUCUCUUGGUGUUUUUCAGAAUUCAAGAGAAUCCAGAUUGUAUCCAGACUUAUUUCCCCUGGCCAUACAUAAAUAGUUUGGCUGUAUCUUUGGGUAAAUUUAUUCCCUUCAUUGGUGUCCAUCAUUAGUUGUACACAGAGCAGAACCAUUGAAAUGAAUGGACAUAACUUAGUCAUGUCUAUUAAAUUCAAUGAGUCUACUCUGAAUGACCAACACUGGGUGCAAUCUCUUGUGUUCCUGUAACUGUGUUAGCAAGUAAGUCUUCCAGAUUGCAGACUGAGAACGUAAAAAUACCACAUCAGAACAAACAAACAGUCUCCAGUUGCUGUGCACUGCUCUUGAAAUCAUUUGUCCCUGUAGCGACGUAAAGGAGAGUGGUUUGAAACAUGAGUCAGGGGCAGAGGGGAGACAAGUAAAUCACUUUUACUGCAAUAUGAUUUUACUAAAAUGUAAGCAUAAAUAUUAUUGCUGAGUUGAUAGCUGGCUGUUUUCCACAGUCCUUUAACACAAUGUCAGUGAAGGAAAAAAGGAGAGUAACCUCUGAAGGAAAGAUGGAGAUCAGUGUUUCUAGAGGGGAAAAAAUCAUGAGGGCAAGAAACAGAAUUCUUAAAGCUGUUUCCAGCUGCACUCUAUUAGAAGGCAAAAACUUGGAUAAUCCAUUACUUUUAAAACCAAAUGAUCCCCCAACUUUACGAAGGCUAUAUAUUUGAACAAAGAAAACCCCAAUGCUGAGAUCUCUCUCUGUGUGUGUGUGUCUCUCCAGUGGCCUCUCCUAGGGUUAGGAAAAUUUGAUAGAAGCACCACACUUUAGGUUGCCUUUGUAUUAAAUAUAUAUUGUUCUUAAAUCUCUGAGAUUUUUGUGUGGAUUUGUAUUCCCCGAGUUCAGCAGGGGGCAGCAUAGGAAAGUAUCUUGCUCCUUCAUCUUACCCCCUGAAGAGGACUGCUCUCCAGCUUUCAAGCCUUUGUUAUUUUUCUUCCCUUUUCCUAUGCUGAUCUUUUUUAACUCAGUGCUUUAAUCCCCAAGCCACAUUCUCAACAGCAGUGUUUUUGUCGAAACCCAGAAACGUCUCUGAAAUAAAUAUCAUGAGGCCUUGAAGGUUUCAUUGGGUUCCAAACACCUCCUUUUUUUGCAAGUAAAAAAUAAAAAAAUGAGGUUAAUGACUCCAUGACCCUCCAUACUGUCUGUCUGUUGCCAACAUGAUUGGAAGCACCACCAUACCUUCUAAGAUUCUCUACUUUUCCAACCAUGAUCAUUUUAGGUUUCCUGUGCUGUAGGAGGGCAACUAGCUACAAUUCCCAAAGUUCCCUGGGAAGGAUUGUUAAAGCACUCUGGGAAUUGUAGUUUGGUGAGGAGAAUAGUGCUUUCCUAACAACUCUUAGCACAUUUAAGAAACUGCACAACCACUGCAUAACACUUAUAAAGCAGCAUCCUGCAAUCAGAUAGGUGUUUGUUGAUCUUCCAUUACCAUAAGCAAAACUGUGAAUAGUUUUGUAAGUACUAUACAUAUUUCAACAAAUUUCACAUUGUUAGAGGUGUGAAGUAAAUUUUUGCUUUGAAGGCUCAAGUAGUGGUUAUGAAAUAGGAAAAACUUCUAUUAAAAUGCAGGAAACAAGUGCCUGCCAAAGUCCUAAGACACAAAAUUAAUGUGACAAGAAAUCUAUGGAUCACCUUACCAAGUAAAUUUGCACUUCUUGGUUGCCAUACCAAAACAUUGGGAACCACUGGACUACACUGGCUGGCAAGGCAUCUGUAGGGUUUCAAACAGGAGUCUCCCAUUCCUACCUGGAGAUGCUAGAGAUUAAACCAGUAGUGCAAGGCAGAUGUUAUACGACUGAACUGAGACCCUUCCAUUGAUCCAGCUGCCUUGAACCAAAGUGGUAUUGUCCAAAUGUCCAAGGAAAGCAGGGAUGCUUUGCUCUGGUUCCAGAUGGAUUUUGUGCCCACACUCAAGUCAUGCUUGUUAGCUCAUUGUAGCUCAUGUAUUUGAACACAAGUGGAGAAAAUAUCUGAAUAAAUGCAACCGAACAGAGAUUGUCCGUGUUGUACAGGGCCAUUUACAGGCUGGCCCAAAGGGGGUGGUAGAACCAAUGGUAGCUCAUUUGUUUACAAAGCAUUUUGAGGAUAAAAUCGCUUGCAUCCACCAAGAUCUUGGCUCUGCUGUUAUAGCAGAUGAAUCUCAUUGGGUGUUCAGAGCACAGUCUAGUCCUUCUGUGUUGGAUAAGUUUCAGUUGGUAAGGCUCAUGGAUGUAGACAAGGUGCUUGGAUCAGUCAGGGCGACCACCUGCACUCUAGACCCUUACCCCUCUUGGCUGAUAAAAACCAGCAAAGAGGGAACAGCUGGCUGGGACAGGGAGGUGAUCACUCCUUAAGAAACCUUCCCUGGAUUUGGAAAACCUAGCUAACUACUGGCCAGUUGCUAAUCUCCCUUUCCUAAGCAAGGUUGUGGAGCGAGUGGUUGCAGACCAGAUCCUGGUGCUUUUGGAAGAAACUGAUUUUCUGGAUCUAUUUCAAUUGAGGUUAUGCCCCGGUUUUGGCACAGAAACUGCUUUGGUCACCCAAAGGGCCUUCUCUGUAACGGCUCCCCAUCUGUGGAAUGCUCUCCCCAGGGAAGUUUGCCUGGCAUCUUCAUUAUACAUCUGUAGGCACCAGGCAAAAAUGUUCCUUUUUAACCAGACCUUUGAUUGAUUUGAUUGACAUCCUAUGCCCUUUUAAAAUGUGGGUUUUUUUUGGGGGGGGGGGGUUAUUGAUUUCUUCUUGUUUUUUUAUUAUGUAUUUUGUAGUUUUAUAUUUUGAUUUUAUUCUGUGAACCGCCCUGAGACCUCCGGGUAUAGGGCAGUAUAUUAAUAAUAUUAAUAAUGUAUUUAAUAAAUGUGGCCCUUUUUGCCCAACAGAGCCAGUGUGGUGUGGUGGUUAAGAGUGGUAGACUCGUAAUCUGGUGAACCGGGUUCGCGUCUCCGCUCCUCCACAUGCAGCUGCUGGGUGACCUUGGGCUAGUCACACUUCCCUGAAGUCUCUCAGCCCCACUCACAUCACAGAGUGUUUGUUGUGGGGGAGGAAGGGAAAGGAGAAUGUUAGUCGCUUUGAGACUCCUUCGGGUAGUGAUAAAGUGGAAUAUCAAAUCCAAACUCCUCCUCCUCCUCCUCCUCUUCUUCUCUUAUUUUCAUUGAGGGGAGGGAUGAAAGUGCAGUGAGAUAUGAUCUUCUCCUCUUUCUGGGAGUUGUUGACACUCUUUCAAAUCAAUGAAGGAAGAGGCAGGCCUCAAGCUAGUGCAGUAAAGGUCAUGUCUCUUAUUCUAGUACAGCACAGAUAUUUCACUCAGGAAUAUCCUAAGCAUAUCUGCUUGAGGCUCAGCUCUUCUUCAUUUGUGUUUGUGUGUGUUUGGCUCAUUUCCUUGCAUUUUCUCCUGCUCUUUGAAAUAAAUCAAUAUCUGAGACUGCCUUGUAUGUCUGAUCCUGUGCCAGUGAAUGCUUAAGGCCUUGUGCCCUGUGGCUAACAACCGAACAGGCAAUGUACUCUCCGAGCACCAAGGUAAUCCUUGCAUGAUGCUAACCAUGGUGUUAAAGGCAGUGGUGUUAAAGGCACAUGGUGUUCAGUGCAGACUGAAGAUUUUACACAUGCAGGAACUGGGCUGGGAUGUCCUGUGGAGACAACCAACCAUGCCACAUUCAAAGUAAGUGUAAAGUAAAAGAAGCUUGACUCCUUCAUAAACAAUGUUUGAAAGUAAGUGGUAAUUAAGCCAUUUGGACAAAAGCCCCUAUGUAGCUUCUUGUAUAAUCCUAGCAGAUGUCUUUGUUUUGGAGAAUGAUUAGAACUUGAAAUCAGUGGGCUUUUCAGGGAAGAUUCAUUUAAGCUCUGUGGUGCAGCUAGAUGGAAGUUACUUUUAUAGAUAAUUGGAGACACAUCCUUUCCCUGAUUUAUGAUGCUAACAGUUUACUAUGGUUAUAUAUGGCAGACUACUUUAUUAGUUUUGUCGCACAUACAAGUUAUUCCUUCACAGUGUAUAUUCUUGUUCAGAUGGUAAAACAGAGGGAAAUUAAUUCCUGUACAAAGGAGCAGCAAAAGGUGUAUAAAUCACCAGAAAAUAAGGUUUAAGUGGGAUUAUAUGUGGUGCAUGGGCCUUGUAUACUACGGCAAAUUAAAUCUACUUCAAGCUUCUUGGAAUGGUAUAUUUAAAUGCCUUUGGGGUUACCAGUGGAGUAAUAUUUAAUACUGCAUUAAUAUUGGAUUAAGGAUUUAGUACCAUGAACUGCUUGUGUGGCAUUUAUCUUACAUAGUCACAUUGAUUCAUAGUUUAUUUAUAAGACACGGUUUCUAAUUAAACAUCUACAGCAUUUAUGAAAUAUUAAGGGGAAACAAAGUAUCUACCUCCUAUUUAGUUUAAAAUUAUAUCCAUGGCAAGGAUUUUAUUAAUUAGCCAUUGAGCACAGCAAAAAUAAUUUUCAGCCAAAAUAAAUAAUGAAAGCAUGAAAACUACCAAUCUUAUAGAGAUGAUUACUAAAUUCUCCCCAGUUUUUUUGAUCCAGAUUAUCUGAUCUUGUUUGCAGCAUGGCAGCAGUGGAUUAGCAAUCCACUGUUCUUCCAUUUAAAAAUAAACAAUUCUGAUCUGUAAAGACUGCUGUGCAUGCACAGUUUGCCUGAUAUUCUUUUUCAUCAUAUGUCUCUCUUUCCCCCUCUCCCCUUCCACAUUCCAAGUUCUCAAUGUGCCUAAAUAUCUUUGCAAAUUAAUUAAAUAGUAGACAAAGCUUUCUGGGUUAUCUUGGAUUGAUCACAUUUUCUCAACCUAAACUCUACCUCACAGGGUUGAUGUGAGAAUAAAAGUGGGGGUCACUAUGCAUGCCCUGAACUCUUUGGAGGAAGGUUGCAGUGAUGUAUUAGAAUAUAAUAAUGUAUUUUAAAGAAAUGUUGAUGGAAUGUUAUGUAUGAUUGCAUCGCCAUAUAUGUGCACUGUGAUGCAUUAAUCCAAACAGAUGCUGGUGUAACCCUGACACCAAAAAAGACAGAAAUGAACAGAUGGAACUGAAAGCUGUGACAAAAUGCAUGUAUGUUAGUUCUGGAAUUAAUUUUUGAUUUUAUCCCAUGUAAAAUAAGCAACAAGAUAGAUUGGAAUGGGUAGAAUGGUGGCCGAAUGAGUCUUGACCUUGACUGAAUCUGGGUGACCUUUAUCAGAAGAAAGAAGUAUGGGUAUAUGUGCCAACCUAUCCUUCUUGAUUUUUCAGCAGCUUUUGAUACCGUUGACUAUAGCAUCCUCCUGAACUGACUCAGUGAAAGAGAUAAUGGGCACUGUUUUACAGUGGUUCAAGUCCUAUCUCUGGGGUUGGUUUCAGGUAAGAUCAUCUUUUAGCUCCGUAGCUCUUGUGGCUAUUUAACAUCUAGUUGCAGCUUUCGUGAACAGUUAUUAUGAGAUUUGGGGUGAGCUGUCAUCAGUAUACUGUAACAUCUGCACAUCUCUGUAGCGUCUAAAUCAGGAGAGGCCUUGGAAGCCUUGGGCCACUGCCUGGACUUGGUGGUAGGCUGGAUGAGGGUCAAGUCUGAAUCUAGGCAAGAUGAAGGUUCUGUGGGUAAGAGAGUCAGUUGUCUUCUUUGGAUGGUGAUGUACUCCCCAUGUACUCCCAAGAAGCAGCUGGUUUGUACGUUGGGGUGCUCCUGGAUCUAUCCCUGUCACUAGAACUCCAGGUGACCUUAGUAGCUAGGAGUGCCUGUUGACCAGCUUCAAAUGAUAAACAGCAAUGGUUGUUUAUAGGCUAACUACUGUCAUCCAUGCAAUUGAAGGAUUGUAAUCUUAAUAUUGGAUUACUGCUAUUCACAUUAUAUGGGACAGGUCCUAAGGUUGGUCCAAAAGGUGUAGCUCUGGGACAGCAAAUUGCUACCAUGUUACACCACUGCUGAAAGCAUUUCACUGGCUGCCAAUUAGCUUCCAGGCUAAAUCCAAGGCACUGGGUUAGCUAAAGGAUUACCUAAAAGAUUGUCUCACCCUUAUAUACCCACCUGAUUACUGUUCUCUGCAGGACAGAGCCUCCCACAGUCAUUAUCUCACCAGGAUGUCCAUUCCAUAGAUUGUCAGAAUUUGGCCUUUAGUGUGGCAGUAGCUACCCUUUGGAACUCCUUCCCAUGACAUAGCAGACAAGCGCCAAUUCUAUUGUCUUUUGGGGGUCUGUUGAAUGCUUUCUUUUCUUUUUAGCAAGCCUUUGAAGUGGAGAUUCUUAUCCCAGUCUGCACUGAUUUUGAAAUUAUUUUAAUAGAUGUUUUAAAUUGUUAAAUCGCCUUGGCAUGUUUCACAGAAAGGCAUUCAUAAAGGAGAUAAAUAAGACAUGCAUUAUCUACUAUCACAAAUAUACAUUUUGUGUAAGCAUGGUGAUUGGCCAUGACAUUACUUUUCCAUGGUGAAGAAUCAGCACUUGGAUACAACUAAGAGAAAAUUAAGUAUGCUUAAGUACCUCUUCACUCAAUAUGCCAGCAAGUUUGGAAAACUCAGCAGUGGCCAGAGGAUUGGAGAAGAUCAGUCUACAUCCCAAUCCCAAAGAAGGGCGGUGCCAGAGAAUGCUCCAACUACCAAACAAUUGCACUCAUUUCACAUGCUAGCAAGGUUAUGCUUAAAGGCAGGCUUAAGCAGUAUGUGGACCGAGAACUCCCAGAAGUGCAAACUGGAUUUUGAAGGGGCAGAGGAACCAGAGACCAAAUUGCAAACAUGCGCUGGAUUAUAAAGAAAGCUAGAGAGAUCCAGAGAAAUAUUUACUUCUGCUUCAUUGACUAUGCAAAAGCCUUUGACUGUGUCGACCACAGCAAACUAUGGCAAGUUCUUAAAGAAAUGGGAGUGCCUGAUCACCUCAUCUGUCUCCUGAGAAAUCUCUAUGUGGGACAAGAAGCUACAGUUAGAACUGGAUAUAGAACAACUGAUUGGUUCAAAAUUGGGAAAGGAGUACAACAAGGCUGUAUAUUGUCUCCCUGCUUAUUUAACUUAUAUGCAGAAUUCAUCAUGAGAAAGGCUGGGCUGGAUGAAUCCCAAGCUGGAAUUAAGAUCGCUGGAAGAAAUAUUAACAACCUCAGAUAUGCAGAUGACAAAACCUUGAUGGCAGAAAGUAAGGAGGAAUUAAAGAACCUUUUAAUGAGGAUGAAAGAGGAGAGCGCAAAAUAUAGUCUGAAGCUCAACAUCAAAAAAACGAAGAUUAUGGCCACUGGUCCCAUCAACUCCUGGCAAAUAGAAGGGGAAGAAAUGGAUGCAGUGAGAGAUUUUACUUUCUUGGGCUCCAUGAUCACUGCAGAUGGUGACAGCAGUCACAAAAUUAAAAGAUGCCUGCUUCUUGGGAGAAAAGCAAUGACAAACCUAGAUAGCAUCUUAAAAAGCAGAGACAUCAGCUUGCCAACAAAGGUCCGUAUAGUUAAAGCUAUGCUUUUCCCAGUAGUGAUGUAUGGAAGUGAGAGCUGGACCAUAAAGAAGUCUGAUCGCCGAAGAAUUGAUGCUGGAGGAGACUCUUGAGAGUCCCAUGGACGCAAGAAGAUCAAACCUAUCCAUUCUUAAGGAAAUCAGUCCUGAGUGCUCACUGUAAGGACAGAUACUGAAGCUGAGGCUCCAAUACUUUGGCCACCUCAUGAGAAGAGAAGACUCCCUGGAAAAGACCAUGAUGUUGGGAAAGAUUGAGGGCACAAGGAGAAGGGGACAACAGAGGACGAGAUGGUUGGACAGUGUUCUUGAAGCUAUGAACAUGAGUUUGACCAAACUGUGGGAGGCAGUGGAAGACAGGAGUGCCUGGCGUGCUCUGGGUCCAUGGGGUCACGAAGAGUCGGACACAACUAAAUCACUAAACAACAACAAGUACUGCUUCAGUUAUUAAAAUGACAAACAGCCAUGACUAACUGUGGCUUCCCAAACUUAACUGUACGUAACUUGGAGGCUGACCCAUUACGGCAAACAAGACACUUUCCCACCAACUUAAGUCUGCUGUUAGCCAGCCCCCAGCUGUCUGCCUUCCUGCAUAACAGCCAGUUUAGUGGGGUGGAAGUGUCUGUCAGCUUCCAGUUCCUUUGUCUUGGUGUUAUCCAUUUACAAUUCAGCAUGGAAGACAAUAGGGAUAAAAGUAGAAUUAUUUGGCUCUGCCUCUAAUUGGCUCUUAUUCUUCGUGUCACUAGCUCUGGCUCCACCUACUGCUGGCCUUCUUGCUUUUGACCCUACCACUUUCAAUGUGCAACUGUCAUAUGUGACAGUUUAUCCCUGUGUAUAAGCGAUUUCUGUACAAAAAAAAAAUGUUUGAUGACUGCCUCACCUUCAGUAAAUUUGUAUGUUGGUUUCUGUAUGUGUGGAUAACAUGCUGAAGAUCACUUCUUAUUCUGUGCUCCACUGAAGUGAUAUGUCAACUACAAGUUUUUAAAUAGAACCAAACCACUUCAUGCAUGUGAUAAGUUCAUGCUUCUGAACCAUGUAAAAAUACUGAGGGGUGGGGAGUAAAAAUAUAAGAUUCUACCUUCUUCUUUUCUACAAUGCCAAAAAAGGAUGGUGAGCCACAUCCCAGGGUUUUUUAAAAUAAUAAUAAUAAUAAUAAUAAUAAUAAUAAUAAUGCAGAAUAGGUUGUUGACAGCACAAUCAUAUGCAUAUUGACACAGAAAUAAGCCUCAUUGAGUUCAGUGGAAUUCAGUGGUAAGUGUUUAUAGGAUUGCAGUCUUAGCUCUUUAGGUGAUAAGCUCACAUGACCUGCUCAGUUAAAGACAUAUAAAGGGUGCAUAGUUUGUGCCAAUUCUCACGUUAUGCAAAUUGUGACUUUGCAACACUUUGAAAAAAAUAAAAAUCAGUGGUACUUUUCCAGGAAAAGUUAUGCGUCAGUGAUGGUGCUUCUCUGAAGGAGAGGGAGGGAUGUAUCUGGCCCACAUCUGUGCAGAAUCACAUAGAAGAGAAGGAUGUGCAGAGAGUUAUGUUGCGGAGUCGGUUCAGCUUUCCCCUAACUUUGCUGUUGUAAUUACACAAGGGGUGUGUGUGUGUGUGUUUUCCAAUGAAUGACAGAACAACCCACUAAUUAGUAUCAUGCUUAUUGCAAAUGUGGGCAUUGCUUUGUGAUUGAAACAAGGGCCAGCCAAUUAACACUGUGCAAAACUCGCUUCUCACAGUGGAAAAGAAUCUGUCACAGCCCAGGGAAAAGGAUAUUGAUAUGUGCAGGGAUUUCCGCAGUAGGCUUAUUGUCAAAUGUAUGUAUAUAUCCUUUGCUAUAUGGUUUGUUUAGAGUUGUCUAUAUUGGGUAUAUUAACAGUUGUUUGUGCUGCUUAUUUUGUGUUGUGUGUGUGCAUGUGAGUAGUUUGGAUUUACUGAUUGUUCAUGACCAACUAAUCUAGGAUUCCAAAUUAAUCUGGUUCAGUGGUAGCACUGGAUAAAACAAGACCCGAUGAACUUUGCAACAGUUGCUUGGCAUGCUGUGAGCAAUGGUGCACAAGCAUAUUUCUACUCCUCCGAGACAGAGUGGAAAAGCAAAGUAAUAUAGUCACCCUGCACUGAGUUGUGUGUUUUGACUUCCUAACAAGUGUGCAGACCUACACACUUCAUUGUGGAGGGUGAUCCAUAAGUAUCACCUUUCUAAAAUAGCUUCUCUUCCUGCACACACUUCCAUGGUAUAGUCUUCUCUCAUACUUGUUCCACCUUAGAAUGCAUUUGGGAAGAUUGCUGAUCAAAAGCAUUUCCCCUCCAUGUGAUAUGCAGACACAUACAAAUCAGUGAUAUGCAGACACAUACAAAUCAGAGUGGUCUGCUCAUGUGACCUUGGCAUAAUAUCACUGCAAGGUCUCUACCUUGUGAGAAGGUAAAAUGAAGGUUGAAAGGUUGCCUGUUGAAAGUAUAGUAAAAAUGAUAGUGGAAAAUAGCAUUGGUGAGAGACAAACGAGCUGUUUAGGCAUUGAAACUCUUCAUUUCCUAACCACUUAUCAACUCAGAAGUAAGUUCCAUUGAAUUCCUAUACUUUUGUACCUGAGACUUGCAGCCUGAAUCUCUGACUCUGUUUUUACUUGUUAUAACUUAUUUUUUGUCUGUGUUAUGUUAAUGCUUAUUGUAGCCUUUGUAGUCUUUGAUCUGAUAAUCUCUGAUGUGGUAAAUCCCCUAGUAGAAAGGUGCUAUAGGAAUGCAGGAUGGUGCUUCUUCCUACAGCAAGAACGGUGAACGGGGGGCCCUACGGAUUUGUUAGUGAUGGAAGUUGGCAUCAAACAGUUUCCACAAGACCACAGGUUCCCCACCCCUGGCCUUUAGCAAUGUCUGUGGCUCAUUUUCAAAUUCUGCAUGCUGUGAAAUACAGGUCACCACUCAUGACAAGAAUUGGAAGCUGAUGAGCACGAACAGCUUGAUGAUCCUUCAAGAAGAGCAUCAGAGAAGGGAGUAGGCUGGGCUAGUUUACUCCUUUCCCCUGCCUUCCCCCUUGCUGCCCAUCCUACAGCAUUUGAUCAUUCUUCUGGGGCCAUUUUGUGUUCCAGUUGCCCUUGUAUAUGUGGGAGCAACUUUUCUAUGAACAACUCCUACAUAGCUGGGGGAAAACCCCCAAUGUUUAAAUGAGCCAGUCUUUGGGUAGGGCCUGAUUGUGAAUAUUUCCCACAGAUCAGCACCUUCCUCUGGCUUACUGCUGAAUCUGUUGGACAGUGCCAUACAAUUUUCCUUUUCCCUCUUGCUGUUGUGCUCAAAUCCUACUUGCUUGUUUCCUACAGGUAUCUGAUUGGCCACUAUUAGAACAGGAUGCUGGACUUAGAUAGGCCAUUGGCCUGAUCCAGUAGGCUCUUCUUAUGUUCCCUUGUGUCUAGAAGAGGUUCACUCAAGACCUCCCCAAGCAUUGCACUUGUUUUAGAUUUACAUUUAAUACAUCACCUUCCACAUCUUCUGUGUCGAAAAUCCGUAUUUCCCACACGUAUCAUGCAAAGAGGUUGGGCAAUCAAGAGAUAUUUUAGUAACUCCAUUUUUUUAUUUGACCCCUGGAGUUUAGCAACUGUACUGGCUUCAUCCAUAAUAUUGUCUGCAAGAGAAACACCUGGCAUUAGGAAGCCAGCAGGAUUUACAAGCCACCCCUAGUGGGCUUACAGAAACUGUCAUUGCAGUUAUGCAUGAUUCUGUGGUUCCCUUAAGAAUGAUCAGCAGUAAACAUAGAGCUUACUACGGGAGGAAUUUGUAAGGAUUGUUGUCAGUAACUGCUGGUCUUGAGAGUUCAGUUAGCACUUCCUGGAGAGAUUGUACAUUUCAACAUGACAACACAGGUAUUCAAAAGAAUGAAUUGAAUGAGCUUUAGUAGCUUCACAGUAUAGAGCCCCUUACCAUGAUCACUAUAGAGAAUAUAGCAAAUAAACAGAUCCAGUUUAAAAAGUCACAAUUUUGCUGGCUUAGAUAGAUUUGCAUUUUCUUGUCCAGUUCCCAGAAUGAGAGAGUUCCAAGCCAAAAUAGUAAUAAUAAAGUGUUACAUGAUAUCACUGCUUUUUAGAAUAAAUAAAUAUAUAAACCUUCAUUGGGGACACUCUGGAUAUGCUCUGAUGCAGCCACUCUUAGACCUUUUAAAGAGGUGUUUUCUAUCAGAGGGGAGAAACAUUCUGCAUAUACUAAAAAAAAAGGACCUUAUAUCCUUACCCCCCCCCUUUUAAAGAAGCUAGAUCAUCUUGUAAAAGAACAAACAUUUUGUACAUGUUUAAAGGCUGGGUCUUUGGAAGGGACACUCUGGACAUGCUCAGAAGAAAUCAAACUUAAGUACUCAGAGAUACUUAAACUGCCAGAAUAACAUAAGGGUGUAUUUGAUAUUACUAAGUUUGGGACUCGUUACAUAUUAUGCACACUCUGGAGAAAAGCAUGUUUGCCAGUGCUCAUUGGGAGAGCUUUUUUGUCACAUUGUCAUAAAUCUUUGCACUUAUUUCAAAAUAAUUUUCACACAAGUUUUGAACGCAGGUCAUACCAGGGAAUUGCUGCUGUUGUUUGGAACUUCAGUAGUGCUUCCCUCUGAUGUGCUCUGAAUUCCUCAGGUGUCCUGUAUAAUCUUAGGACCACAGUGAUGAGGAUCUGUGCACCACAAGGACCACAUCUUUCUGUAGAUUCCUCUCCACACACUACAGUCAACGUCUGAAACCCUGCUCCAGAUCCCUAGAUGGCAGGAGCUUGACUGGCAACAAUCAGGGCCAGAUCUUUUCUCUUGUGGCAUGCCUUACCAAUUGAGGAGUGUUACCAGAUUGCUUUAUUUUUGCUGGUGUGUGUCAGCGUUUCAAUGGCUCUUUGGGGUCUUGUUAUAGGGGCUUCGCUUUGAUGUCCAUAUUUGUGACGUGCAGGGGGAAGUGCUUUGGAUUGCAAAACACCUUGAGUGUCUUUGAAAAUUAGGCAGGGUGAACAUUUUAACAACAACAACAACACCGCAGUAGCAGAUGUCAAUAAAUAAGGCGUCACCCUCUCCUUGAGAAACACAUAUUUCUCAGAUCAAGGUCAUUCAGCAAGUUCUUCCCUUCAGAGCUGAGCUUUCCUCAUUCCCAUUCUCCAUUUUCUUUGAAAGAGGAAAAAGCACCAUGCACUUCCUUGUGCUGCUGGCAGUGAUAAGAGCCUUGCUAGUGAAGUUAAUACAAUUAGACACAUUUGCACAAUAAAGCAUAAACAGUCCUGGCUAUUUACUAAAUUAUAUUGUGAGCAGUUCAUUAAUUAGAGAAUCAGACCAGGACAUGACUUUCAUAAACUUGUUAAAUUGGCUUAGAGCUACACCCAUUAUGAAGUUUUAAUAUCCUAUUUAGUAUCCUAUUUAAAUAGGUGUAAAAUUCUUUGGAUUUCAGAAUCUUUAAGGGAUUUAGAAUGAAGGUAAGGGCUUCAGAAUGAAGCCUGUGCCAAUUUGUGUUGAGAUGGGGAACCACAGUUUUUGUGGAUUAGCAGUUCUUUCAUUGUAGACUCAUUUGGGAUAUUUGACCCAUCCAGUACUUGACCUUAAAGGAGGCAAUGAUUACUUUAUUUUCCUGAGGCUUAUCUUUAAAAACAAACAAACAAACAAACAAUUUUUAUUGGUUUUUAUACAGAUACAAAUACAAUAACCAUUAAAUAUUUAUCCAGUAGUACAGCUAAUGGUGUUUGUUUUAUCCAUUGUCUCUAGACAUACAUUUAAACAUUCAGCAUUCAAACAUAUUACUUUAACGUAACCUUGCCACCUAGAAUAUUGAGCAGACCCCCUUCUUUAACUAUGUUAAUGACCAAAAUCAGAGGAAUACUUUAUUGGUCACUGAAACCAUUUUUACCCAUCCCCACCCCCACCCCCCAAACCUGGAAACCCUACUGCAUUACAUGACCAAAAACCAUGGAAAAUUGUUACCGAAAAGUCUGCAUGCAUAAGUUAAUGUGAUUUGUCGAAAUCUACACACAUAUGGGAAUACUUUUAUUGAACAUUGUGCAUGUGCUGGCAUAUGCAAUUACGUUUAUAGUGUAAUAUAUGAGGAAGCCCUUAUUAAGCAAAAAAACUAGAUACAACAAUUUCCAAAUGUAAGAGCUUUUUUAUGUUUUCCAAUUUCAUUACUCACCAAAGGGCAGUGAAAGUAUAUUUUUAUUAUAAACUUAACAUUUUUUUAUUAUUAUUAACGAUUUACUGCUUCAGAUUAGGCAUAUGGGUUUUCAGAGAACAAAACCUGCUUUUUCUGCACGGUGUGAAAGGUCAAUAUUGUGUUUAGAAUGACAACUCUCUGGUUCCCUUCUAGAGAAAUUCACCGCCGUACCUUUAUAAUGAAGCUGGUAGCACAAGUCAAUUUCUGAGUGAAUAAAUGUUUACAUAGUGAAUUACCUCUAGUCAAGGAUUGCCUUGUUUGUAAUCUCAUCAGAGAGGCCAAAGGUUAAGUGUUCACAGCAAAUUAACAACCACCUCACUCCAGUCAUGGUCUGGGGCAAGUCACCUUGACACACAGGUGACUUGAGGAAAGCUUUUUCAUGCCAUUCUGUUCUCAUCUCCCUGUGGAGUCCUGGAGCACUGAGAUCAUUAAAAGUCGAUCAAAUCAGCACUUUUAGCAGAGGAAGGAAAAAAUUUAACGGCAAGAAAAUAGGUUUAAAGGCUUAUUAAAAGCUCAGCGCCUCUCUAUUUUUAGAGGAUCAACCGUUUCUGGGGGGUGGCAGAAGUCAUUUAAAUUGCAGCUACCAUUUUACAUCAGAAGCCCCUUUACUUUUAAUGAUCCUCAUGCAAGUCCUGCCAGUGAUGACUGAAUUCACUGGGUUGCCUUGGCAGGUGGCUGAGGCACAUUUUCUAUAGCAGCAAAUGGAAGAAAUAAUCUAAUCCUAUCACUACCAUUUCUUACAGAGAUGGGGAACUUAUGGCCCUUGAGUUGUUGCUGAACUAAAACUGUCAGCAUCCCUGAAUCUUAGCCAUACUGGGAGUUGAAGUCUGUUACCAAGGCUCCCCCCUCCCCAGCCAGAAUAUCAUUCUAAGAGAAUGAGGAAGGUGUUCAUGGUGAGUUCCAGCACCUCUUUUUCUGUAAAAAUAGCACUAAUUAUUACUCCUCUGAACAUUUUCACAGGAACCUCUGUGGUACAAGUAACAGCUACUGAUGCCGAUGACCCUACAUAUGGAAACAGUGCCAGAGUGGUCUACAGCAUUCUUCAAGGACAGCCUUAUUUUUCUGUGGAACCAAAGACAGGUAAAUGCUCUUACACUUCCCAUAUCUACAGCUUUUAUCAUGGAAAACUGAAAAUAACCUCCAGAGUUCUCUGACAGAGGUGCACUCUAUUUGACUAUCUCUAUAAUCCCAAGAUGCAGGAAAGUAGGGCUGCCCAUGUUCACCUUGUGAAUGAAUGAAUGAAUGAAUGAAACUUUAUUUGCAUCAGCCAUCUGCCAUAGCAACAAAAAACAUUGUGAUAUACACAGAACAAAAUAAAAAAGUCAAUUAUAUAAAACACAGUUUAGGGUCCUGAAUUAGCAGUCAAAUAGUGGACCUUAUUCUGAUUGCCCCAGCUAGAAACCUUGCAACUUUUGCAGUCAUCUGCUCCUCUGGCUCCAUGAGUGCCAGCAUGGUGUAGUGGUUAAGAGCAGUGGACUCGUAAUCUGGUGAACCGGGUUCACUUCCCCGCUCCUCCACAUGCAGCUGUUGGGUGACCUUGGGCCUGUCACACUUCCUUGAAGUCUCUCAGCCCCACUCACCUCACAGAGUGUUUGUUGUGGGGGAGGAAGGGAAAGGAGAUUGUUAGCCGCUUUGAGACUCCUUAGGGUAGUGAUAAAGUGGGAUAUCAAAAUCCAAACUCUUCUUGAUCUGCCAGGAGAAACGACACUGUGCCAGUGGCUGGGCGACCCAGAAUGGUCAAUAAAAGAGGCAUGAUAAUCUCAUUCCUCAGGUCUUUGUAAAGAGUGCACGUGAGGACGUCAUGCGCCACUGAUUCAGUGCUGCCAUCUCCGCAGGGACAUAUGUGUUUUUCGUGUGGAAUCUGUUGGAAUCGUCCCUCAAGUACAGCCAAAGGCUGUACCUUGUGUUCACCUUGGGUGCUCCCUCUGCCCCACUUUGUCCCCUCCGCAAUCCUAUUCAUGGUCAUGGUUGCAGUUCUUGGAGAGAGUUUGCAUGUGUUUGGCAGACUGCCUUGCUGCAGAUGUGUCCCCAACCCCAUGGGAAAGGGUUGUCAUAGGGGCAAACAGGGCGAGCAUGCAGGGCCCUGCUGUCCAGCAUCAUGCAGUUUGAGUCAUCUGAGCACGGAAAUCCGAAUAAAGCUUAACUGGACUCCAGACUGCAGGCAAAGGCUGUCAUCUAGUAAAGCUGUUUGUGGAUAAGUAGACGGAUAAAUGGCUGUGAAGGCUAAAUGGGACCGAAAUGGAAGAGUAUUUUUUAUUAUUUGAUGAUUAUGGCUAUUUGGAAAAUACAUAUCACCCAAUUAAACAUGGUCUCUGGGUGGUUCACAAUUAUUACUUAAAAAAACAACAACUGGUCAGAUACAAUCAAAACUAAAAAAAAAAAAAAACAUCAAUAGGAAGGAACUAUAUCAGCUAAGGAUCAGUGUAAAAUCAGCAUGAAGCCAUCAUGAGGCAACAUAAAAUCAAUAAGAAGGGGGGGAACCUAGCAUCUUUGAAUAUCAGAUGCAGGAGUCAAACAGCAGGGAAUUAUCAUCAUGUCCUUACUUCCAAAGUUAUCUUCUUGGCCAUUGUUGGAAAUGGAGUGCUAAACUCAAUAGACAUUAGGCUGAUUUGGUAAAACAAUUCUUAUCCUCUAAUGCAGGCUUUGCCUGUGGAUACAUUUGGAAACCUGAGAAACUGUGGCAAGCAACCUUGCAGCUACACACACCACAUAUUCUCUCCAGCUGUGACCUUCCCCACACUCAAAGUCAACAACUGUGCCACAGUUAAGUUUGAAAAAGAUUUGUCUACAACUGGAGGCUUCUUUUAAGCCUGAUUGCAGCAGUGGAGCUGGGAGGGACAGGGUGCUGUAGGCAUUGGGGUGGGUAAGUCCUGUUGAGGUCAAUGGGAUUUACUCCCAGGUAUAGGGUUUCAAACUUAAAAUGCAAUCUACAGUCAUAUCUCAGGUUGAAGUAGCUUUGGGUUGCGUAUUUUUGGGUUGCGUUCUGCGGUGACCCGGAAGUAACGGAGUGCGUUACUUCUGGGUUUCGCCGCUCGCGCAUGCACAGACGGUCAAAAUGACGUCAUGUGCAGAAGUGACGAAUCGCGACCCGCGGACGCAGGUUGCAUUCGCUUCUGGAUGCGAACGGGGCUCCGGAACGGAUCCUGUUCGCAUCCAGAGGUACCACUGUACAUGUCUUCUGAAAAGUAAGUCUCCUUGGGUCUACUAGGGCUCCCUGCCAGGUGUGUGUAAGAUUGUAGCCUUUAUCUUGAGGAAGAAGCCACUGGUCAUUUUAAAACUACCUUGUCUCUUUUGGCAUGAGAACCAUUGCAGAGUGGGAGAGAAUCAAAGUUCUCGCUGUGAUUGUGGCUCUCUUUCCCAAUUGACAUGAAUGGACCGUAUAUUUGGAUAUGUGGAAUUUAUAGAUUUUAUUAGAUGUGUGUUACUGCAAAACAGUUUGGGGUUUUUAAUGUUCUUACUUAUAUUCUUAUUUCCACAUCCCUGAAAUGUGUUUGGUUUUUGUAAUAACAAGUAUAUAUUUGAAACAUGUAAAUACUUGAAAUUAUUUGUAUUCAUCUCUACCUUUCCCCCCCAUUGUGAUCUCAUCCAUUUCCCCAGCUUUAUUUAUCUGCACUCCAGCAGGUUUCCUGAGACUUUUUUUUUUAAUCUUCCAAAUAUUCUAAGAGGAUGGGUUUGGGUUUUUUAUGUCUUAUCUUUGUGAAGAGUUGUUUGUACUUCAGAGUUAGAGUCUGCCUGAGUUCUACAGUUUGCAUGGUACAGUUUCCAGAGGAAAUUUCCUACAUUCAGAAUACUGUCCAGUAAUAAUAAUAAUAAUAAUAAUAAUAAUAAUAAUAAUAAUAAUACCUUUAUUGUCAAUGUACAACCUGUGUACAAUGAAAUUAACAAUGAAAUUAAAAUGUGGCAAUGUUUAUCAUUAUCUCUUAAGUAAAAUAUCUCCCUUAGUUAUUGUGCCAAUUUUGAGCAUUCUGGAACCUCUUCCUUACAAAUACUCACCUGUGCAAAAUGAGUAAGUGUAGGGUUCCCUGACCAUACAGACAAUCAAUCAUGUGGAAAUAGCCCUCUGUGCAUACCGAUAUGUACAGGGGCUUGGUGCAAAGAUAACAAAUGUGCACCAAUCAGUGGUGGAACCUGUCACUUCCAUGCUGUUCCCUUCCGCUGACCCACAUUGAUUUUGCACAAUGAAUGUAUGCAAGGGGCUCGCAAACAAUUGAUGUGUGUCAAUGCUAAAAGGGUUAUGAGCCACAUUGCCAUACUGGGUCAUUGGUCGUAUCAAAGAGCAGACAGUAUCAUAGGCAGGAGCAAGUGGGAAUCAUGAAAUAGAGCAUGCCAGAACAUUCUAAGGUCAAGACAAAAGAUCAGAAGCCAGGGCUGCCAAACAGAAGCAUAAAUCAUUUGGUCCAAGGGUCAAGUUUCUGGUGCUUUAAGACUCACUUUCUGCCCCAGAACAGCUUUUCUCCCUUCUCUCCUUACUUUCUACUCAAAGUUUGUUUGCUUAUAUUAAAUAGAUAAAUAUUUUUAUUUAACAAAAUUUAUAUACUGCUUGAUUGUAACAAAAUCUCUAAAAUCUACUAUUGUUCUUGUUAAGUCUCAGCCAUCUCUCUCUCUCUUUCUACUUUCCUUCAACAUCUCCUCUGGCUACUUUUCCUCAGCAUGCAAGGUGUUGCUGGUGCAUGCAUUGGUCAAACCACAAGGCUGUGGCAUGGCUGGGGGCGAGUGAGGAGACACAGGGCAGGCUGUGACUCUUGGGCCUACCUGACCAUGGCCCAAGGCCCACUGGUGACUCCCAGACCACUGUUUGAGAAACACACACAAACGUGUGUGGGGUGUGUGUGUGGUAUUAUUAUUUUCCCCAAAGGAAGAGGUUAUUCUGAACAUGACAUUGCACUUGUCAUUCAUAGAACAAUAGAAACCCCUUUCCACACACCAGAUGGGCAGGCUGCAAGGAAGCAAGCAUAAUUAAGUCCUCAUACAUACAGGUGCUUUUGCCACUUUCAUUUUGCUUACAGCAAAGAGUUUCAGGGAUUCUAUCUGAUAAAGUAUGGGCAAUGUGACAGGAGAGGGGCCUUGGGCCUACUCAGCCAAGCCUUGAAAUUGCCUUUAUUUCUGUAAUUUUCAGCCUAUUGUUUCUUGCCCUUCCUUCAGCAGUUAAUGAGUCUGACUGUUCGCACUCCUUCAGAUCUGUUUUGUCAACUUUGCCAUAGCCUGUCAUACAAUUAAUUACAUUCUUCAUGAAGGGAGACAUCCCACAGGCUUGUGGGGUCAGCAUAUGAUUUAAAGAAGGACAGAUUGACAAAAAUAACACAAGGGAACCAUUUGUGAAGUUGUCUUUUAGCCUUCCCAGCCUGUUUAGUAUGGAUGAAAUAAAGCUAUUAUUAUUUUAUUUUAUUUUUAAAAAUUGUCCUUUCAGCACAGGGAAGAUUAAUGGGCUGCUCUAAAUUCAAAAGAAGAGGAAAUAAAUAAAACUGGAACUAAAGAGCUUGCAAACAUUACAAGGAGAUAUAGAAGCCCCAAUGCACCUCUCAGUUAUCCAUGUAUUUUAUGUUUCCCUUCUGCUGACAUGUAGCAGUAGUAGAGUAAAAGCCCAUCUCUCUGGAAAUCAGAGACACCAGCUGGACCGUGUAACAAGCAUGAAAUAGUCAUAAAGCCUUCCUGGUUUGAGGAGGAAUAUUUAUUUAUCUGAUACUUAACUGCACAGCAGAAUGAUGACAAGCUAGCUUUUCUCUCUCCUCCCUUUACAUUUCAAGCCAUAAUUACACAUGGCACAGAGAUGACCAAAUGGAUAAAACUAAAACUAGUUCAGAUAAUACAGUGUUUCAAUUACUAUAUCAAAGCUUCCUAAUUAUAGUGAGUGCUUUAGAAGUGGUUAUUGUUUUUUUAAGUUUGCUUUAAAGAUAUUAGCUAAUUCAAGAUAGCUUCAUUGAAAUGCAUAGUGUGAUACAAGAUUAUUCAUAGCAGCAAGGAUCUGUGGGGCUAUUUACCAUUUCGAGCCAUUAGGAAACUCAUUGUGGCAGGCUGGAAGUUUAGAAACUGCUCUGUUUAGACUGAUGGGCCUCAGUGGCACUGGGGCUUGGCUAGCUCUGUUCAGGCUCAGGAUUCCUAAGAGAAAAGUUCAAAUGCUAUUUCACUGGCAAGUCUUUCUCAGACUGAGCCUUAAAUGGGAGCUGUGGUCCUAUCUCAGAGCUAGGCUUCCCUCCCUUCUUUUAGAAGUCCUUGACUACAGUGGAUCAGAGGAGGCUGUUGUUCCACUAGGGCUUCUGAGCUGGAGCCCGUGUAGGCAGACAAGAGCAGCAGAGAGGUACUGACACAAUGGGCUGACUCUGAGGUCGUUUUGUCUCCACAUUCUUACCCUCAUCCCCUGAAAAGGGGAAAUGCAACUCAAGGGUCAUGACAUCCACCAAGUGUUGAAUGGCAUAUAUUUUCUAGAAUGACAGGGCGGAUGUCCACAGUAAGCCUUUUCCUGGAUCUUGAGUGCUCUCAUUUUGCAAAUGAAUCUCCACAACCCUCGAGACAUCUAUGCACAGACCACAUCAAUCCUGCAUCUGUCUAGAUGACAUAUAUGGAAGAUGACAGGUCAUUACAAGGCGAAGUAUGAUAACCCAGUGACCACCUUGAAAAAGAUGGAAUUGCUUCUGCAUGACAUCUAUGUCUUUCCAUAAGCAAGUUGUGUGUAUUAACAUUAUAUAGUCUGUCUCUGGGCUACUGUUCCCCAGCUGGAUGCCCUCCAGAUAUUCUGGCCUUUAAUUCCCAUUAUUCCUGAUUAUUGACCAUGCUGCCUGGGACAGAUGAGAGUUGCAAUGCAAAACCUCUGGAGGAGUUGGGUUUGAAAAUGCUGCUCUAGGUGCUUGCCCAAGAUUCCUGACAGAGGCUUCCAGCAGCAUGGAGACAAAACAGUCUUUUGAAGCUUAGAACUAAUGGCAAGUGGGUGGAAAGUAGCCUACCCCCAAUUUUUUAAAAAAAAAUAAAGUCCUUGCUAAAUGCUCAUAAGCAAGAGAGGUGCAGCGGACAUUUUAACAUGAACUAUGGAUCAUGUUUAGUCUUGGAAAUGAACCAGCGUGUUUAAACUUUAUAGCACUUAUAGAUUUCCCCCUUAUUAUUGUUAGCUUGUAAUAUAUUGGGAACAUGUCUCUUGAUUGCAUAUGCUUUGAAGUAUAGUGCUUUUCCAUUUCAGUGUUCGGGUUAUGAAUGGAUACAGCCAUUCUUUAUACAGUACAUUGACUAUAUGUAUGGCUGCAAGCUAAAUUCAUUAAAACAGGAGUGAUGGGGUAUAUAAGAUAGUUCUGACUUGCACAACAUACAGCUCUAUAGUAAAUGUUGAAGCACAGGAGUUCCAUGUUUUUUAAGGGUGCUCUAUUUCAGCUACAUGAGUCUAACUACAAUGUAUAUUUUCACAUUCUGUGUAGCACAGGUCUGGACUGAAAACUGGGUUGUGGACCAAGCUACAGUGGGUGUCUUCAGGGGCACAACUACUAUAUUCUUUUUUCUUUGUUAUUAUUGUUUAAAGAAAAAGGGAAAGAAAGAUGAUUAAGCAUGGAGAAAGAGACAAAGGGAAGAAAGGGAGAGAAAACCGGGGCAAAAAUACACACACACUUCUAUAUCUAGAGCAUGCCAUGCAGCAGGUUGAAGUUAAAGGUGAGUCCUAGGUCUGGAAACAUUGAAAACUACAUUAUUAGCAUGCAGGGCACAGUUAGAGAAGGCUAAGUUCACAUUAUAUCCCACUAGUGAAUGUUCAAAGCUAGUCACCAUUCCUAGUAAUAAGGCCUGUCUUUUGGAUUGUUCCUGUUGACAUGUUGGAUCAGUUCAAAUCCCUUACAUAAGUGCAAGGGUGACUAAUCUGUGACCCUCCAAAUGUUGCUGAACUUCAGCUCACACCAUCAUUGACCAUGCUAGCUUGGGCUGAUAGGAGUUGUAGUUUAGCAACAUCUGGAGGGCCACAAGCUAGCCACCCCUGCUUCAGUGUACUCUGUUUAUCUUUUGACUGGUGUAUAUUUUCCCUGCUAUGCUUCUGAGUUGGAAAUGUAGCUCUGCCACUGUUUCAUUUAUAUGCAUUUUGCCAUAUUCCAGGUAUUAUCAAAACCGCGCUUCCCAAUAUGGACAGAGAAGCGAAAGACCAGUAUCUACUUGUCAUUCAAGCGAAGGAUAUGGUUGGUCAAAAUGGAGGGCUCUCUGGGACCACCUCUGUCACCGUCACCCUUACAGAUGUCAACGAUAACCCUCCCCGCUUUCCCCGCAGUAAGUUUCUGUGGAUGAUGAAUGAGGAAGACUAUAUUUCUUACAAAACUAAAUCUACAUUAGUUUCAAGUCCAGUAGUGAGCCUUUCAGGUUCCCAGCUGUUCAAGUGUGUUGGCUGCACAACAUAGUAUGCCUGACCAUUGCACCUUACACAUAUUCUGAGGGGUUAUGCAAAUGUCCAUUCUCCAUCUUUCGGAUCCCUUUGGGUUUUUUUCGUGCAUCGACGUGUGUUGCCAGUACUUGAGGAUGCUUAAUUUCUUUCUGACUUUAUGAUUACAGUAUUUCUGUGAUUAAUUAUAAGGUGCAUCAAAAUAUCCUGUGUAGGUGGAUGCAUAGUUGUUCUUGUGUGCAUCUCACAUUGCCUGACUAUCUCUGUCAAUUCCCCCCCUCCCAAAGACACUGAGAGUUUCAUAGAAAAAUCAAUCUGGGAAGAACUAGAAAACAAUCUGCCCUCAAUUUACUUGCUUUGACCAAGGUGGCUCAUGACUGAACUAAGCAAGGAAAAGAAACAAGCUUAUUUCCAGACUUGAGCUAGCCUGUUUAUACACAGUCUGCUGCUCUUCUCCACCUUGCUGCGAUAUUUCUUGUAAAGUCAUUGCAGGAGUGAAUUAGACUAAUGUGAGGAACAUAUGCAUGCCCAAUCUGGUCAGUUUUCAAGUGGGUAUGAAAAGAAACAAGCCAAUCAAAGCAAGACUGGGAAUUAGAUUCUUUCCCCCCUUGAAUUGCUUGAGUAAUAAUAAAACACCAGAGAUUCAGCUUCUCAAAGUGAGAAUGUUAGUGGCUUCAGCCUGCAUUUUGUUAAGCUGCAAUCUGUAUCAAUUUCAGCUUGAGCCGCAGGUUUAGAGUUUUCACAGGAGAAGAAGGAUGCCUUUGCAACAAUAGCAUUUAUCUCAAUUACAUGGCAUGAAGAGCCAGGAAACUGUCUCCUUAAGACACAAUUAAGACUUAUCUCUUAUUUUACAAAUGGAUUUAUUCUUUUCUUUGGUGACAUGAGAUAUACUCAAGAGAAAAUGUCAUUGGCUGUAGUCUGCCUUGGUAGAAAAGUUAGGUUAAGUGCUAUUUUUCCUUCUUAGAUGUUAUUUUCAUCAGUUUACUUAUGCAUCACUUGCUUAUGUGGAUUUAUAGUUGUGAGAGCAGAAUAAUGUUGGAGGAAUAGUCUCAAAUAGCAAAGCUUAAGGAAUUUGUUCCUUGCAAGCUCCAAUAAAAACAGAUAUUAUCUGCACAUCCUGAACUAAUGUGUAGACCAGAACAUAGUUAUCCUUUGGAUUUCACACUUCUUUGCAUUUUUACAAUGCAAUUUUUGGCUCAAAAUGCAUUUGCAAAUUGAUACUUCAAGAGAAAACACAUUUAGAAAUGAGCAUUUUUAGGAAAAUACCUUUAAAAAUGUAUGUUUUGCAAGGAAAUAUGUUCCAAUAUAUAAAAAUUUCCAUGCAGGUGUUGUUGUUGUUUUUUAAAAAAGCAUAGGUUAAAGAGGAGCAGGCAUAUGAAUGCAUGCAUUUGAAAGAGACAUGAACUGGAAAUAGACAGAUCCACCCCUAGAUUCAAAUAAUACUGUGAGCAAAAUUUAACUAUUUUGGAGUGGAUCUAACAAAGCCUGACCUAUGAAUAUUUCCCUCCUCCAACAUGACAUUAAAUACUACAAGCAAGGAAGGUGGCAAAAAUAAUUUUUAGAAUAGAAUGUGGAUGGAAGGAAGGGUAGCAGCAGUCUACUUGUACAAUGUGGCAGGUCCUUUUCGGACACCAGAAAGAUGUGCCAUCCUAUAGAGGGCACAGAGGAGAGAAUGCUGGUGUUAUGAUUUUAAAUCACCCAGUCUUCAGCAACAUGGAGCACUUUGGAUGACCAUGCUGGCUGGGACUGGUGGAAGCUGCAUUUCAGUCACCAUCACCAUUAGCAGCAGCAGCAGCAUCUUGAGGGCACCAGAGUGGCCAAGGCAGAAAGAACAUUUUCCCUCAUGGCAUUUUAAAGAAAUACCAAAUGUAUUAUGUUUAGAACCCUUCAGCUAUAAACUGAGGUCAUUGAUUGAUUGAUUGAUUGAUUGAUUGAUUGAUGAACAGAUGAAAAUCCAGGGACUGUUCUGAACUUUACAGGAUCGUAUCAAUAUAAUGUCCCGGAAUCGCUACCCGUGGCUUCGGUGGUCGCCAGAUUAAAGGCUGCAGAUGCUGAUGUGGGACCAAAUGCCGAAAUGGAAUAUAAAAUAGUGGAUGGUGAUGGCUUGGCCGUUUUCAAAAUCUUAGUGGACAAAGAGACACAAGAAGGAAUCAUUACAAUACAAAAGGUAACCUCACUUCAUUAUUUCUGUCCUGGUACACAAGUAACAUCAUCUCACUUUCAGUUUAUGCAAGGAAGAGGCUUCAGCCAAAAGACAGAUAAAUAAAUACCAGUGAGACCUGCAACCAAAGGUUGUAUUAUAGAGUACUGCUGCUUGGGAUACCAGCCAUUUCAUUCCCCUUCACCCCGUUUUCUGUCCCUCACCUCCUCUAACCAUCAGCUAGCAGACCAUGGCCACUCAGACAUAGUUUCUAUUGGUCUCUUUUUGGGGUUCCCAACCUGGGAGGGGGGGCUCUAAAUAUUUUUGUUCUUCUGAAAACCUUGGGGUUCUCCCAAUUUUGCUGACAUCUCACAUGUGGGGUGAUGCCAUUUUGGUUACAUAAGCAACAACUCACAGUCUGAACAUUGGAAAUAGAGAGAAGGAUGCCUUGAUCCUACAACACACAUUAAGAAUUCCCAGCUAUGUAGGACUCCCCCCACCCCGCCGCCUUAGUCAGCUAAAAGGUAAAUAUCAGAAGUGAUUUCAUUGAAUGUCAACAUACAUACAUUAAUUGAAAAUGGAUAGAGUAACCUUCAGUAGUUAUGUCAGGGUUAACAAGAAAUGUAUCAACAGUGCCAAGAAAGAAAUGUUGUAGUUCUGUGGUUGAGUGGACAGAAUGAAGGACGAAUUCCGAAAGUUCAAUCAUCCUGUGGUUUUGUUGUAGAAUCAUAGAAUCAUAGAAUCAUAGAAUCAUAGAGUUGGAAGAGACCACAAGGGCCAUCGAGUCCAACCCCCUGCCAAGCAGGAACACCAUCAGAGCACUCCUGACAUAUGGUUGUCAAGCCUCUGCUUAAAGACCUCCAAAGAAGGAGACUCCACCACACUCCUUGGCAGCAAAUUCCACUGUCGUACAGCUCUUACUGUCAGGAAGUUCUUCCUAAUGUUUAGGUGGAAUCUUCUUUCUUGUAGUUUGGAUCCAUUGCUCCGUGUCCGCUUCUCUGGAGCAGCAGAAAACAACCUUUCUCCCUCCUCUAUGUGACAUCCUUUUAUAUAUUUGAACAUGGCUAUCAUAUCACCCCUUAACCUCCUCUUCUCCAGGCUAAACAUGCCCAGCUCUCUUAGCCAUUCCUCAUAAGGCAUCGUUUCCAGGCCUUGGACCAUUUUGGUUGCCCUCCUCUGGACACGUUCCAGUUUGUUAAUGUCCUUCUUGAACUGUGGUGCCCAGAACUGGACACAGUACUCCAGGUGAGGUCUGACCAGAGCAGAAUACAGUGGCACUAUUACUUCCCUUGAUCUAGAUGCUAUACUCCUAUUGAUGAGGCCCAGAAUUGCAUUGGCUUUUUUGCUGCCGCAUCACACUGUUGGCUCAUGUCAAGUUUGUGGUCAACCAAGACUCCUAGAUCCUUUUCACAUGUACUGCUCUCAAGCCAGGUGUAUUUUGUAUUUGUGCCUCUCAUUUUUUUGCCCAAGUGCAAUACUUUACAUUUCUCCCUGUUAAAAUUCAUCUUGUUUGUUUUUGCCCAGUUCUCUAAUCUGUCAAGGUCGUUUUGAAGUGUGAUCCUGUCCUCUGGGGUGUUAGCCACCCCUCCCAAUUUGGUGUCAUCUGCAAAUUUGAUCAGGAUGCCCUUGAGUCCAUCAUCCAAGUCGUUGAUAAAGAUGUUGAAUAAGACCGGGCCCAAGACAGAACCCUGUGGCACCCCACUAGUCACUCUUCUCCAGGAUGAAGAGGAACCAUUGAUGAGCACCCUUUGGGUUCGGUCAGUCAGCCAGUUACAAAUCCACUGAGUGGUAGCAUAGUCAAGACCACAUUUUACCAGCUUCUUUACAAGAAGAUUCCAUAUGUUGUGUACAUAUGGAAUCCUUGCAGUAGACAAAUUGUCAUUGAUGUUACUUUUUCCAUGAACAAUGAAUGAUUCUGUAAAUGAGGGAGUUACUUUCCCCUUCCUUCUCAGUCUGUUCAAUGGGGAAGAUAGGAAUAGAUGGUCCCUUUAGGGAAAUCUAGUUGAUUCUUAAUCUGAGUAUGUGCCACAGAAAACAGUUUUGUUUUCAUAACUUUUGUUGUUUGAAGACAGUAUUGCAGUCUUCUUCCUUCCUUCCUUCCUUUCUCUCUCUCUCUCUCUCUCUCUCUCUCUCUCUGUGUGUGUGUGUGUGUAUGCGUGUGCACGUGCGUAAGUGCAUUUCAAUAUUGUUGUAAUUUUCUGAUUUUAGUCUCUUUGUUCUUAUCACAUUGUUUGUUUUAUAAUCCCCAGUGAAAUUGCCUGAUGGAACAAGGUUCCUGGGACUCUUGUUCAUUUGACAGAUGCACAAGCCUGAUUAGUGUUAGGAUUAACCAAAAGGAGGGAAAUGGUUCUCCAGCAACAGGGCCUUUGAAUGGUAGAUUACCGUAAAUUAUAUCAUUUGAUAGUUGUCAUCUAGUUUUGUUUAAAAGGAGAGUCUCAGACUGCUUCCUUUGAAGAAUAACUGCGUAUUGAGUCCUUCCUUCCUUCCUUCCUUCCUUCCUUCCUUCCUUCCUUCCCUCCUUCCUUCUCUUGUUCUUCUUCAGCAGAGACGGCUUGCCUUGUAAUUUCCUUCAGACAAGACAAAAUGCUCACUUUUCCCCCCAAAGAAGUUGAAUGGAUGAGGCAUAGGAUCUAAUCAGAUAACACUAAUGCACAGAUAUUAAUGAAGCUGUCAAGCUCCAUUCACUGUGCUGAGGGAAGAACCAAAGUAUACUUUGUUUUUUUAACCUUCAGCACUGUUCUAGUGAUUUGUGAGAUGUUUGUUUGCUAUUCUAACAAUCCCCAUAUUUCAGUUAUGGUCAGGAAGGGGUAAAGUGAAUGCCAGCUAAAUGAUGGUUGUUAUAAAAUAAACAUUAGCGUCAAAGUGAAGCAAAACAAAUAAAAAACAAAAACAACCCUUCUUGAUGGAGCAUCUUUAGAAAUUAAAGCCUCUCUACUAUUUCUGCAUUGUAAGGGCUACUUUGCUUUCCACUAUGUCACUGCAAAAUUUCAUCGUUUCAUGCAUGAGAAAAUCAAUAAAAUGAUUAUUUUUUUUUCAUCUGAUCCAGUAUUUGAGAGCAAGAGUCCUAUCAGACAGAUGGAGCCAUUUAAUUAUUGCUGCAUAGAAUCACAGAGUUUGAAGAGAUCCUGAGGAUCAUCUAGUCCAACGUCCUGCAAUGCAGGAAUAUGUCGUUGUCCUUUACAGGGAUCGUACCUGCAACCAUGGUAUUAUCAGCACCAUGCUCUAGCCAACUAAGAUGUCUGUUAGUUCAGGGUGAGCAGGAUCUAAUUCUGUGGGAUGGGCUGAAUGUUGUAUAUGGCAGCCAUUACUGAUUAACAACUGUGGGAGAGAGGUCCCUAGGCACUUACCAGCAAGCAUUUGCUUGAUGGCAGCAGAGAGACUGGGCGGCUGGCGCAUGGCUCUUGAACAUCAGAAACACCCAGUGUAGGCCUAUAGCAUGAUCAAUCCAUGCUCAAAUGUGACACUGCCUGGCCAUGCUCUUAAACAGUAUAUAAUUUAUUUUUCCUCCCCUGCUCUAUUAUUAUUUGUUACAACAAUAAACUAUUGCAAUUUAUAAAACACUAGAGUACUGGUGUUCUUGUCACAUUAUCCGCUUUCCUCUAUGAGUUCACACUUCCGAUGCAAGACAUUAAAACAUUAACAAAUCCAUAGAACGCAUUUCUCCAUUCUGACAUUUUCUGGCAUUAUUCUAUGGACACUCCACACUUAAAGCUCUCAUUCUCAUGCUAAAUGAUGGUGCCAUGUGCUGUCUGAACAUAGUAAGGGUACCUCUUACCCCAGUAAAAACAAUUAGGCAUGUCUAUUUCUGAUUUAGGAGAGAACAGAGUUAGUUAGCAAUUGUUGUAUGUCUUUAUGUCAAGUGAGCAUUAUGCUAUAGUCAUCAAACUCUUUCUGUCUGCUGUAUUUUUAUUAGGAAACUUACAAGAGGGCUGCUUUAAAUAGAUUUCUUUUGUUUUUUUCACAUCAAGUACUUAAUGUCUUGAAAAACUGGCAAUAGUUCAUACUCUAUUCACUUUUUCCAACUGGCUGCUUUUGUUGUAAUAAUUUUCCAUGAAGCAGUUUUAUGAGACUGUAUGCAUGAUGUAUCUAUACAUUUCAGCAAUUCUCACUCUUGUUUUUGCAGUUGGUACAAUCUUGCAAAAACAGCAGUGAUUGAGACUUGUUGAAAUGUAAUUAUUUACUUCUUUAUUAUAUUCUUAACCCAAACAUUCAUCAUAUGAUCCCAGGUUGGCUUACAGUUCUGUUACUUAGCAAUUCCAAUGGGAAAAUUCAUAAUGCACCAUAUUCACAGCAUUGCUAAAUAAAAUAGCAAAUGUGAUAAUAAUAUGUUGGUUGAAGUAUGUGUGUAUAUCUGCAACUUCCUGGGCAGUGCAGUUGGUAUGAAUCCUAAACCCCGAACCAAAGCACUUUGGAAAGACCCACGGCUUGUUCUCCACAGCUCCCCACACUGAAUCAGACCCCUUCCAAAACUUGGGGUCUGAGUCAAAGGGACACAAAGACACAGACAGUUUGUGAAAACCUCCAACACCCAAUAUAACUUGGUGGUUUGUUUAUUUUUUAAAUUCAAUUUAUAUCCUGCCCUUGCUCUGAAAAGAGCCCGGGGCAUCACAUAACGAUAACGUUAUGUAUGAUUGUUAGGAGAUGGGAGAAGUGCCGUUGUGAGUGAUAGCUCUAGUUUCGAGCCACAGAAUGACCUCAAUGGGAGUUUCAUUUUAUUUUCAUUCAUGGUGCUUUUGGGAGAGAUGUGGAAGCCUCUGAUCAUCUGCUGUCAAUUGAGAAGCAAACAAAAACAAAGCCUCUGCUUUCAUUUAUCAUAACUCGCUAAUCUCUGGACCUAUCCUUAUGAAGUUUUGCAGGUUUUUCGGAUAGGGUUCCCCUCACCGUUUAUGCUGCUUUCAUACAUACUAAGGUACCAAAAGCUCCCCAAGUCCUGCUGUCGCUUACCAAACAGUUUGAAUCCAUUUUUUGUCCUUACCUGACCUCUUGUGUAAUUUGUAGGCACUUAUUUGAUCUGCUACCUCCCACGUUGUGAAGUGUUGUGAUAGCAACAUUAACUGCAAUUUGUCCUACCAUUCUUCUUAAUCAAUCUAAUUUACAUGUUUGAUUGUGACAUUAGCAGCAGUUCAACUGCUUACCAUUUGGCUGAUUUAUAUGAUUUGAAAACAGCUUCACACACUCAAAAAUAUUAUUAUGAUUUAUUAUUGUUAGCUUGAGUUCCAUUAUUUACUCUCAUUAAAUAAUUAUCUUGUUUUCUAAUUACCCACAUUUUGAAAGUUAAUGUGUAAAAAUAUCAAAUAAACCAAUCAAUUACUAAGCAAAUUCUGGUUUCUUUUCUUCAUUUCUUCUCCUGAACAUAUGCUGUUACCUUAUAAUAAUAAAAAAUAAUAUUUUUUAUGUACAUUAAAUUUAAAAAUUAGCAAUACCAAGAGACAGUUUACUUACCAAUGCAAACAACAUUAUGCAGUGUUCUUGCAUUAUGCACCCAUGUCCUGGUAGAAGCUCCGUGGAACUGCAUUCUAUUCAUUUAGUUAACAAAAUGUAUACACUGCUUACUAGAACAAAAGUCCUCUAAUGCUUUACAAUGGACAGUUCAAAGUAUUCAUUAAAAACACAAAUAAAAAUAAACAUUAAAAACUAGUUACACAAACAUAUUAAAAUGGAAAAGGCAGUAAUUUCAGAACACUGCUACUUACUAAAAUCACAUACUAAAAUUAUGUGCCUAGGUAGGAUUGCAGUAAGGAAAUAAAAAGUCUGUAGCAGUCACCAAAAACAAUAUCCUGCCAUAUAUCAAUAGACAAGGAGAUCCAAAGUGUAAGUGCUGCCACACUUAAGGUUCAGUUUCUUGCGUGUGUGAAAUCAACAAAUUGUGGCGCUUCUAAGUGGUUGAACUGGCAUGUAUGGGGGUGAGGCAAUCCUUCACAAUCUGAUCCCCAGCUACUGAGUGCUUUACUUGCUAAUAAUAACAUCUUGAAUUAGGCCCAGUAACAAAUUGGCAGGCAGUGUAGAUUUCUAAGCAAGGCUGCUCUAUGCUGACAGGGUCUUGUUCCUGUCAACAAUCAUGCUGCCGCAUUCUGGGACGUGGGUGGCGCUGUGGUCUAAACCACUGAGCCUCUCGGGCUUGCCGAUCAGAAGGUUGGCAGUUUGAAUCCCCGCAACAGGGUGAGCUCCCAUUGCUCUGUCCCAGCUCCUGCCAACCUAGCAGUUCUAAAGCAUGGCAAUGCAAGUAGAUAAAUAGGUACCGCUGUGGCGGGAAGGUAAAUGGCGUUUCCGUGCGCUCUGGUUUCCAUCACAGUGUCCCGUUGCACCAGAAGCAGUUUAGUCAUGCUGGCCACAUGACCUGGAAAGCUGUCUGUGGACAAAUGCCAGCUCCCUCAGCCUCAAAGCCAGAUGAGCACUGCAACCCCAUAGUCGUCUUUGACUGGACUUAACUGUCCAGGGGUCCUUUACCUUUACCUCUUUUUUUUUACCUAACUGUAGCUUUUGGACCAAACACAAGGGGAGCCCUACUUAGAGUUCUUUGAUGUAAUCCUCUCUUGAAGUCACUGUAUUCUGUCUAAAGUUUGGUAGACUAGGUAUUCCUGCUUGGCUCCCCAUUUAGCUAGACUACAUUUAGCUCCCCAAUUUGCUGGAUUAUUUAGUGUUCUUAUUGGUGUGGUAGAUGCUCUUUCACAGACCCUUAUUCCAUUUGGACCUCAGUGUGGGUUGACUUUUAAAAUCUCUGUUGCUGGGGGGGGCGGGCGGAUCUGUUAUGUGAAUUAGCUCAGACUGUGAGAAAUACUGGCAUUGUGGCACAAGUAACAUUUUGUACUUAGGAAUGGUAAGCCUACAUAUUAUUCACUCAUAUUUGCAAGUCAAAGAGCUGGCUGAUUAUAAUUUAGAAGUUGACUCUGCUGCUUAAACUUCUAAAUCACUUUUUCUCUGUAGGAGCUGGAUUAUGAAGCCAAGGCCAGCUACACCUUGAGAAUAGAAGCGGCAAAUAAGCAAGUUGAUCCUCGUUUUUUAAGCCUUGGGCCCUUCAGUGAUAUGACAACAGUGAAGAUCAUUGUGGAGGAUGUAGAUGAACCGCCUAUAUUUACCUCACGUUUGUACACUAUGGUAGUGUCUGAAGCAGCUAAAGUAGGCACCAUCAUUGGAACUGUUGCAGCUCAUGACCCAGAUGCAUCUAACAGUCCUGUGAGGUAAUUUUGCAUUUCAUUUCCUACUUUUGCUGCUGCUUAUAUCUAUAUCAAAAAAAUUUACUGUAUUCCCAGAUAGAAAAAACACCUUGGGUUGUAUCAAACUAAGUUCUUCUCAGAGUUGUUGUUGGCUUCCAGCGUUCUCAAGAAACAAUGAAGUAUGCCUCCCGGGGUGGAGCCAAACCACUGGAGAAUCACAGUGCCUGCUGGGGCUGCAGACACAAGUAACUCACACUGUUUUUGCUUCAUUAACAGCACUUUAAUGACCUCUUCAGGGUGCAAGUCUUGGGCUGCCCAAAUGACAAUAUUUUCUCCCUCUUGGUCUCACUGAUGUGGUCCAAAGAAAAGCAGAGCAAUACAUUUUGCACCAGCUUGGCUGCAGUAGUCGCCAGAAAGAGGAGUACAAGAUGCCAUUCAACUGCCUUGGGGACUCUACUCUGGAUUUGCGCAGGGUUUACUCUUUAGCCCCUCUUCUCCUAAAGAUGCCACGCAGUGCAGCGGAUAUGGAGUUUCCCUUGGGGUUUACUCCUGAAGCCUUUCUCAUUAAUGAAUAUAGUGGAAGUUUAGGAUCAGAGUUUUCCUUCUCCUAGAUGGGCCACCUUCUCAGGUUGAUGAGUCGCAUCUGCCCCUCACUUCCCUCUACAGCACAUGCAGUAAUUGCCUUCUUGAACAUUGGGCCCAAUAUUGGUCUUGUCUUCUCAAUCCACCAAACCUGUCUUUGCAUGUAGGGGAAGUCUCUAACUCACUGAAGGUUUAAGAUCCAUCAGCUAUACUCUUCUGGUGUAGCUGCUGUCACAUAUUGACCCCUUCCCUGAGCCACAGGCAAGAGCUGAGUGCAACUCUCCAAAAGUGGACAGACUACUCCAGAAGGAGCAUGUCAUGUCCCCAGCAGAAGUACUACCACUUCCCUCCCCAGAGUAAACCCACUGGAACUAAUAGACCUAAGUUAGACAUGCCCAUUAAUUUCAAUGAGUAUAUUCUUAAGUACAGCUUAGUUAGAUACUGCUGAGUAUAUUUUGUUGUCAUUUGGAUUGACUUGUCUUGGUAUUUUCUGGGUUCAAGACAAAGCUUGGGAAAAGGAACUUUUAAGUUCACUUUGAUGUGGAAUAGUCUGUGCACUCCCAUUAUGUAUGCAUAGGCCGUGCAUUGCUUGUGAAAGUCUUUACUCAUGUGGAGUUUCACUUUGCUAAGGACCCUUGAGCAGCCAAAUCAACAUAUCACCAAUUUGUUACUACGCUGUAGCUGUAAACAGAUUUAAAUCCUUUGGGGCACAGCAUAAUACAAAUAUUUUAAAACAUAAAUAUUCUUUCUACCCUGCAGUAUGCGCCCAUAUAAUUACAUUUCAGUGAUUUUGUUGUAUCCCCGUGUUUAAAUCGCCUUAGAAUAUACUCCCCACUCCCAGCACUACACAUGAAAUCAUAACUGGAUUAUGUAAGGAAAAUAUUUUGUAGAAGACAAGAAGCCAUUAUUAUCCACAAUCCAUAGCUUAUGUUCCAAUUAAAUUAAUUACGCCAAACGCUUUGCAGAACAAGUUAUUUACAGAAAGGAAGCAAUGUGUAUGCUGGAUGCAUAUCGGAUGUGCAUUUUGCAGAAAUCUGUUCCCAAGCCUCUCUUUACUGGAGGUGCAUUCAUUUAUAAAAUUGUAUUUUUGUAGCUAUUUCCUUGCAAUGUAAGUGCUGAAAAUGUAUUUCAGCAUACAAAUAUUUCUCUCUCUCUCUCUCUCUCUCUCUCACACACACACACACACACACACACUGCUGUUUUUCAUAUAUAUGUAUAUCUCACUCUAGGUUGGUCAAAAAGGGAGCUCUUCAAAAUAACUUAAUGUGAUUCAAAAGUACUGUGAAUUUUCAUAGAAUGUUUAUCAAAUACUUGUGUAAAAGAGCAAAUACAAUUGAUAGGCCUGAGCUCUGUCUGUUUAUAGGGCAGCAGUGCUAACCAUGCAGUGUGUUAUUGAAGCUAGACUGAAAUCCUGUUUAGGUGCCGGGGCUCCCCUUGAAAAAUAUAUGAUGAAAUAAGAAGAGAUCACCUUUUAACACAUGAAGUGUGUCCUUUUGUCAUCUGGGACUGGGGGAAAGGAUGAAAGUUCCAGAGGAUUCACAGCUACCAAACUCAAAAUGAUAUGAAGUGCAAGGCCUUUUUAUAGCCUUUUUAUAUGCCUGCCUGCCUUUGUUUAGUCCUGAUUAGAAUUUCUCCCAAGCUUGGCAGCUUGAAAGAAAGAGAAAAUGGGGCAGUACAUCUGAUAAAACAUAUUGUUGCCACUAUUUGUUUUAGACAUCUUACACUUGUUCAUUAUUUUAGUAUAUAAGGCCAUACUUCUAUACAGGUUCCCUAAAUUACUCUGCCAUAAAGGUUUUUAUUGCAGUCCUCCUCAUUUUGUUGUCUGUUUGAGAAAAUUGAACUACAGCUUUUAAAGUGACUGGCUCCAUCACUUAAAAAGCAGAUUGAGCCUGUCUAGGAAAAGUGAUUUCAAACACCUGUAUAGUCAAAGACUCAUUGAACAGCCUUGGGAACAUUACUAUCUCUCUCUCAGCCUUAGCACAGGAAUUAUAGUAAUCUACUUCAGUUUAAGGAAACACCCAGGGUUGUAUCCAGUGCUCCAUGUGCAUUUUUCCACUGGUGCAACUAGACUUCCUUGUCCCUCAGCCUUCAGAGCUGUUUUGAUGCUGUUCAGGGGGCUAGAGGGGAAAAUGGGAGGAACAGGAAACUCUUCUGCUGGUGGUAGCAUCUAGUGAACAGAACCACUCAAAAGUGUGAUCCAAAAAGCAAAAUUUAGCUUGGAUACAGUUUGUUUUAUAGGUCUCCCCAAAUCAAUGGAGCAGGGGUUGAGGGAUGUACAAGGGGCUGCAGUGGGAAAGGAAGGGAAGAGAGAAAAAUGUUGUGCAAGCUGCCUACACUCAUGCUGCUUGAAUACAACCCAAUGUUAUUCGAAGGCUUUAAUCAGCUGAAUUUUUCUCAAGGAAAUAUGUCAUGCAAACUAAUGUUCUCGGAACCGGCUUUUGACUAGCUAUGCUGAACAGUGUCAGGGUUAAUAGCUAGGAAGCUUGAGAGCUGUCCAGAGAUUAAAUUCCAUCUGCCCAGGCCUGCCAAGAGUGGCUACAUUGCAAAGGUGACAGGCGAUGUCUCUGGGGGAAGGAUGCCAACCAUGAAGCUGUUCAAGAGCUGUGCAUUGCUGACCAAAUACAGCAGUUCAAGCAUGAGGGGAAAACAAAAUCAGGGAGUUACUAAAAUGAAAGCCAAAUGAGCAUGUCAUCAGUGCAGAAACAUUCCUAAAGGGUAGGCAAUAAAAAUAAUUGAUGCUCUUUGGGUUCAUUAAACUGGACCAAUUUAGUUAGAGUCACACAAGGGGUCAGAUUUUCAAAUUUCAUCUGCAAGGGUCCUCCAAACCCCCCCAAUUUUUUUCCAGGGGUUGCAGAGAGAAGGGGUGGCAGAAAACUCCAUUCUGUGAUUGUGAAUUAUGUUCCAUUCAUGGAAGAUACAUUAGGAUGCAGGCUAUUGCCUUCAGUAACUAAAAUGCAAUGAUAUUGAUAUUUUUGUAAUAUGCAGUUAUAGUUUAAAAUGUAAUUGCUCACUCAGUGAAAUCAACAAAAAUAUUUUGAUUGGUUAACAACCCUGCAAAUAAUUUGUGUCACUCAUGUCACUUUCACAAAAUUCUAAAUGUUCCCACUGGCUCAAAAUGGUGGGUGACCCCUGUUGUAUAUUUGCAAAGCCUUUUUGAGCAAUGUGAUGGAAAAUCCCGCCUUUUCUGUUCUAUGAAACAGGAAACCAUUGUAGUGGAUUACUGCACUAAGAAACAGGAUGAAGGCUUGCCAUCUGGGAAUAAUACUGUGAAGUACAAAUGUGCAAACUGUCUCAUCUUUACAAUCAAAAUCAUCACUGUUUGAGCUAUCCAUCCUUUUGGUUAAAAGUGAACGAAGACACACACACACACACACACACACACACACACAAAGAGAGGGUUUUUUAUUGUUGUCAAAGUACUUCCGAGGAAAGUGGAAGCAUUUCAUGUGAAGAGAACAUAAUUUGCAACAGCUUGUCCUUGCCUUUUUUCAAGCAGUGGUAUUUGCAUCCUUAAGCACACUCCCACAGCAUUGUACCUAGUACUGUCAGUAGUUGCUAUGGAAGAUCUGAACUUUUGCUUUACCUUGAUUGGCCAAAGAGGUGAAAAUCCUGACCUGCUUAUUUCUUUCCAAUCAAGCUGUGGAAUGCUGUGUGGCCUUUUCAGCUCCCUUCUUCUCCACUGUACAUUAAUUGACUAAAGUACUCGUAUGUGUGUUUUUCAGAGUCUUUUUGCUGGGAACCCUUCUGCAGGUAUCUUAAAGUAAAAUGUGGAUGCUACUCUAUUUUGAUUUGCUUAUGAAGAAUCCUAGUUAAAUAGUUUCCAGUGCUACUUACACCAGGGCAGGAAAACCUGCCACACGCCAGAUAUUAUUGGACUUCAGUUUUGGUCAGCCUCAAUUAGCAUGAUCAAUGAAUGGUCAUGGAUUAGUAGUACAAUAAAUGUGGAGGGCCACAGGUUCCCUAUCCCUGAUUUACAUCCACAUUACAACUACACUUUCCUUUAUGUUCAUUAAUUUGCUUCUCUUCGCCUCCUGCAUCAUGUAGAGAGAUUAAUGUGAUUGAGAACUCCCUUUCAAUGGAAGGUUAUCCUUUUGGAUGGAUGAGUCACUUCCCCACCAACCUCAAUCUACCCUCAGCCAACCCUAACCUGCCUACCUUCUGACUUAAAACUGCCUGUUAGCUUUCUCCUCUUAAUGUCUCAGUGUUGUCCCUUUUAGAAUUCAGCCGGGAGGACGAUAGGGGGCAAAACAAGAAUCACUUGCUCCAGCUCUGCCUCUCAUUGUCUCUGGCUCCUCCUAAUGUUCAGUUCUCUGACUUCUACCCUACCAGUCCCAAUGGGCAUCAUCAGCAGGGCUAUUAAAAAACAAACAAACUUAUUUCAUGGCAAGCAGGUGACUUCAGGCUGACAUAUAUUCACUGUCAAUCAGCAUUCCAGUUAAACACAAUCUGGCCUUCUGGUAUAUUGUGUUAUAUCAAAGGUGUGUUUCUAAUGGAUCUAAAAGUACAUAGCCAAUUUCCAAGAGGAUAAUUAAACAGUCAACAAUGGGCAUUUUCUCCCUUUCUCAUGGCUUAUUUUCUGUCUGAGCUUUUCUCCUCCUUGAAAACAGCUUGGGGGAUUCAGGCAAGGCGAGCUUAAGCCAAGGUUGCUCAGUGACAGGAGUCUGUGUUUGUAUGAUGACAAUAAGGCCCCAGGAGCAAAUGUAGUAAUACGUAAUCCCUGACCUACUCUACAGUUUUCUUAUUCACCCCAUGGGCUUUUCUGCCUGUGACAAAAAGUUCAGUGUCUCACAGUGGAAGCUCUGCUGGGAACCACAGGGAAUUGAUACAGCCAGGUGGCACAGUUCCAAAUCUAUUCCACGUUAGGUUGGGUUCAGAAGUAGAGUCUUCCAAAAAUAAAUGAGUGGUCGACCUAAGAGCAAAAGAGCAGAAAUGGAAAGGAAAUACCUGUGACCUCAGUUAGGAAGGUAUCAUGAAAUGCAGGAACUGAGCCAUCUUUCCUCGACACAGUGAAUUUUGCAGAAUCAGAUGGCUCUAUGUAACAAACUCUCUGUGUGCUGUAAGGGCUGUAAGACAGCUGACAACAAAGGAGAAAAGAAUCUUGAUGAAAAGCUCUUUGAGCUUAAUGUGAAAUAAAUGAAACUUAACACGCACACGCACUGCAAUUAUACAUACAUCAAAAGUUUUCUUUCAUCUUUCAUCCAGGUACUCCAUAGAUCGAAACACAGACCUGGAGAGAUAUUUUAAUAUUGAUGCCAACAGUGGGGUGAUUACCACUGCGAAGCCGUUGGAUAGAGAAACAAACGCUGUUCAUAACAUCACUGUCUUGGCUAUGGAGAGUCGUAAGUUCCCCCUGCAAAGCCAUUUUUUAAGCCUUUAAAAGUGUUGGUGAAAUGAAUCAAGUUGUUCACGAAGAACCUUAAGUGUUGGAAGAGAUGCUUUAAGCCAUAAACAGUUAACUGUAAUGAGUUAAAAGUUAAUGCUAUUUCAUGACAAUUCUCUAAGGUUUUUAGGCAGUAUCAUGUAUCAUAGAAUCCUGAUCUUAGAACUAUAAUGUCUCAAAGAGGGCAGAAACACCCUUAAUGUAUUUAUAUAUUAUUGUUUAAUCUUCCAUGGGCAUCUCCUUGGAUUAAAAGAGAGAGGAUAGAAAUUAAAGAGUUAAAUAAAUAUAUGGGGCAGGAUUCACCUAGGAUUCACCCAGCAGCAGAAGCCCUGUUCAAGGAUUUAUGCAUGCAAAAUGGGGUUUUGCCCUAUCUCUUUCCACUGCCCCCCUCCAAAUUGUCUUGAGGGGUCUGAUGAACCCCCAAAAUGGGGGGGGGAGAAGAGAGGGAUUGUUCCCUCUGGCAACCUGAAGCGUACACGCAAAUAGAAUGAAUGGAAGCAUGUGGCUUUGAAUUUUACCCAUGGUGUUAGAAUUGACAGUAUAUGCAGAAGUAGUCAACAAGGUGCCCAUCAGAAGUUUGGAAUGCAACUCCCAUCAACAUGGACCAGGGAUGGGAAAUAUUUAACAUAUGGCCUAAACUGAGGAACAAAUUUGGCCCAUGAGGUUACUUCUCAAAAACCACUUCCACCUUACAAUCUGCUGAUGUCACUCUGAUGGGGGAUGGGUGGGUCAGGGUUCAAUCCUGCAUUGGCUGCUUACACCUGUUUCUCGCAGGAGACUUAGGGCACACACAGCAGAAAGUAACCCCUGCUCAUCAGUUCAUGAGUGAUGGUUAAUUCCUACUGAGUUUAGCUGUAAGUGUCUAUUCCCCUGCUAGGAACAGGUGCAUGGAGCCAAAGCACAGCAUAAGUCUGUUUGAAAACCCUUUUGCAAACAGUUCCACAAUGCAUUUUUAAGCUCCACUUUUCAUGGGUUUGAUGAACAGGCUGCUUGCAAAAGGGCUUUCAAACAGCCUACAGUACCCUCUGAAGUCCUGACAACCAGGGCUUCAAAGCAUACUAUCACCUGGCAUCAUAGUUAUGCCAUGUGAUUUACAAGUGGGCUGGCUUGCAUGUCUGUCAGAUUUGGCCAACAGGAUUGGAGAGAUAACCAUCCAGCCCUUUGGCCAAUAAAGUUUUCCCCAGCUGUAAUCCAACAACAUCUGAAUGGCAGAAUGUUGUAUACCAAUUAUACAGUAUAACAACUUGCAACUGUAGAAUUACAGUUUACUUACAUUUGUAUAACAAGGGUUCAUUAAUACUGCUAGAUUAAGACCCAUCAUUUGUCAUAGAUGCAUCCAUGGUUAUACAGGGAAAAUAAUUACAAUUCUCUUAACUGCUGGCAAAAGAAAGGAAAUGGAAGGAGCUGGAGAAAUUACCCUUCUUUAUUCCCUUCCCUGUACCUUUUUCUCAUACAUUUAAUGUAGGCCAUGAGGAGAAAUAGGACAAUGUACUUGAAGAACCAUUGGCCUGAUCAAGCAUGGCAGCCCUUUUCUUCUUUUCAGUUUUGGUUCACUCUUAGUGACAAAAAUCCCACUGACAACUUAAUUUUGUGGUUCCAGAAAUAUGGAACAUAUUUCAUAGUUUCAGAAUUGGUUCAUUAUGAAUAAUAACAACUGGUUCUUGUCCUUUGAAACAGAAAACCCUUCGCAAAUUGGGAGGGGAUAUGUGGCCAUCACUAUUCUUGACAUCAACGACAAUGCUCCUGAGUUUGCAAUGGAUUAUGAAACUACUGUCUGUGAAAAUGCAGAACCUGGCCAGGUGUGGAUUUAUAUUCCUAACAGCUUGAUGAUAUUUGCUGCACAGCAGUAAUUUGAUUUGCAUUGAUGCCUCCUUUAAGAUAAAAUAUAAUCAGUUUAUUGCAGUAAAAAUGACAUGUUGAUUUGAAGCUAAAAUAAACAUUAACUAGAUAUGAAACCAUCAUCCACGAGCCUGUGAGAAAACUGCACAGGGAAAUCUACACUGCAUAUGAUUUUGAUCAUCCUCUACACUUCCUAAUCCAUGAAAAUAGCAAAUUUCCAUUCUUCCAGUUAAUUUCACUAAAAUAGACCUUUUUUAGAGUAAAACUACACUGAGUACCAGCUAGAUGCUUUUAUGCUCAGAUUCCAUAAAUGGCCUUCUUUCUCAUGUGUCCUCAACUGUUGAAUGAUGAAUCUCUCCUAAUUCCUUGAAUUCCUGGAACAUAUUAAUUCUUUAAGAAUUGCUACUGUGUCACAUCCUACCAACGUUCUCAAUUCAGCUUGAAUUUUUUAAAAACUAUUAUCAGCAGAGGCGUUACCCAAUUAAACUGUUCCACCAACACAAGGUUUUUUAGAUAAGCAAUGAACUUCCCUGCCCUUUCCUUAUGCAACUCCUAAAUAUGUUCUGGCAGUUCUCACAACCUUCUGGAUUCAGAUUUACAUGGCAUUCAGGAAGUGUAUAGGGAGGAUGGGGAGGUUUUAUUGUGCAACUAAAACUCCUUGUUCUAGCGGAACUGUUUAGUUGGAUAUUUCCCCAGGUUUUUAUCUGCACGGACACCAUUUAAAUGACAAUGGCUUCCUGUGCCCCCAUGCAACAUUUCCCCCAAUUUAACUCUUUCAGCAUCCCUUGUAAUCACACACACAAAAUUAACAGGGGUGCUAUCAAAACAGAAACUCUAAACCAAAUUCUAAUGAGUGUCUGAAUUUUGAUGAGUACCUGAAUGUAACAAAAACGGACUGUGGGUCACACCACUAUAUAAAAUUUCCUCUCCCUUCUUAGAGCUCUGAGAAAUUGCCUUUUAUUGAAUGCAGACUAAAAUAUUGCCUUGUAUUUAAUGCAAACUAAAAUCUAACCUGAAGGCAAAUCACUUUUCUCUCUAGGCAAUUCAAAGAAUCAGUGCCAUUGACAAAGAUGAUCCACCUAGUGGUCAUCAAUUUUCCUUCAGUUUGGCAGGGGAGGCUGCAAAUAACCACAACUUUACAUUACAAGAUAAUAAAGGUAAGGUACUGGCUGUGAUUGUCAAUGUCAACCCAAGGGCAUUGUGAGCGUUGACACACCAACACUCUUAUUUCUUCAGACAGGCAAUACCGACUGUCAUCUGGAGUAACUUCACUGUCAGGAAGAACAUUAAUUAAGAGCAAUCAGACCCCAAAGUAAUUUUUAUCCAUAGAUUAUCUGUCAGGAGAAAGAAGCUGCUGCUUAAAUCAUUUUAAGCCAUGAGCCAAACAGAUGGGCUUCAGAUCCAUUCUUAAACAGACUCUUUUUCACUUUUUGUUUUUAUAGGUCUUUAUCUAAAUUAGAUUAUACCUCAGGGCAGCAGCUGAAAAAUUUCCUGGAUCUCAUGUUUGAUUAAUGUAACUCAGGAAAUAUAGAAAUGAGCCCUUAAACACAUGGCAAAUUGGCCACCUCUUUGAGAAAACAACUUUUUCAUCCAUAUCUUCUGCUGCUAAAAAUACUUUUUGGAAACACAAGCUAAAGGUUCCAUGUUUCUAGGCUGUUAGUAUGAUUUAGCUCUCCUACGUGGAACAACAUUUUGCUAAAGGGUAGAGAUCCUUGCAAAGUUGGAAAGAGCUAUUCUUGCUUUAUUUAUUUAUUGUAUAUUUCAUUUGCCCUUAAAGGUGGAUGUUGGAAAGAAUUCUAGAUGAAGUCCUUCAGCUCCCCAUCUCAAAACAUGAAAAAUAAAUGCAGCAGAUCCUCCACAACAGAAAGCCAUUACCCUUUUCUGAAGGGUAACCUUAACUGGUGUGAGGACUGGUAGCGGACAUUUCAAAGGAGGAAAUCUGUGUCACGUAUAAUGGUUCAAUCAAUGCCACUGCAAUUUGCAAGUUCCCAUUUACAAGUUCUAGAAUCUUCUGCAUUCCAAAAUAAGCAUGUAGAAGUUAGGAGGCUUUUCAUUGUUUUGUUGCUGUUUGUUGAUGACUAGUUUUAUUUUUGGGAAAUGCUCCCCUCUGUUUCAAGUUUUACAGUUUGUAUUAAAAAAUACAAAUAUGCCAAUUAUGAUUUCUCACCGUAUUCACAAGUGAUGUUUAAGCUUGCACCUCCUCCAGAGAGAAAAGCAUAUAUUGGUUCUGAAAUAUUAGAACUGGCAGGAGAUUUUUAAAGUCAGUUGUCACCUUUUUGUAUAUUUUUAGUAUAUACACUGAAAUCUUUGUUAUUCAUUUAUUCAAAGAUCUUAGGUGUUAUCCAUUAGCAAAAAGUAAAUUAUUUGUUGUAUCUGUUCAUCCGUGAACAUCUGAAAAACAAUUGGAAAUCAGUUGUGACAGCAAUUUGUGUUGAUUCACAUGGUACCUCUGAGAGGAAUUUCAAGAGCUGCUAAUUUUAUUAGGUCUCAAAUGCACAUCCUUUUAAUAUACAUAGCAAAAGGCAAAUAUACAUGAAUUAUCUUCAGAAUGUGUCAUUUAUAAUGCAUUUUUGCUCACUUUACUCCUUGAAAGAUGUUAACAGAGAUGCAUUCAUUGAGGAUGUUCUCUUGACUACAUAGAUUUGCACCCUAAGUUUCAGUCUGGACUUCCUUAGUUCCAAGGUUAUGUUUUUUUAACAAAGCCAUCUGAAUUAUUAUAAUAAACAGCCCCAUUUUAAGAAACAAUCCAAUGUUUUAAACCAUGAGCCACCAAAGAAAAAUACUGUUCUCAUCUUCUCCAGCUGAUGUGUUGUACACUCAGCUAUGUUAGUGUCCUCAUGUAUGACGCUGAUGAUAUAAUUAUGGAUAAUAGCAAGAAGCCUACAGAAAGGGCUAUAACUCAGUAUUAGAGCACAUACUUCACAUCAAUCAAUUUGGCCUUUCCAGGUCAGUGUAGACAAGAUUGAGGUAGACCAUCUUAUAGACCAUUCUGUCUUCUUAAGAGCCUUAUUUUUCCCUAAUUGGUUAGAGAAAAUAGAAAGAUCUGCUUCACAAAGUUAUACGCUAAGGGUGUGUGUGUGUGUUUUUCUUUAAGUGCCAACAGAUAAGAAACACGGGAGCAAACAAAGUUCAUUAGAACUUAGCCAUUACUUGCAAGCACAAGUGAGCUGUCGUUUGCACACACACUUAAGUGCCAGUGCAGAUCAUGUCUCUCUCUCUGUGUGUGUGUGUAUACAAUAUUUAUUUUGUGCUCAUCGGUACACAGUUGUAUACAUAUUCUUCCUUGUGCAAUUUACUUUGUACCAUUCAUGCACAUUAGAUUUCCAUCCAUUUUAAACCAUGAAGUGCUGUACUUUUUAGAGAAACAAUUAAUUUAAAGCACCUUUAAGAGACCUUUACAUUCCUUGACAUUAGAAUCUUGAUAUCGUUUUCUGAGAAUUUGCACAUUUUUGUUUAGAUUAGCAGUGGCUUUAUUCAAAUUCUUAACUGAACGACAAAUCCUUUUCUCAGGGUUUGAUGAACACAUCCCUUCCUACACACACACACACACACACACACACAUCAAAACCCUCUACAAAGAUAGAGUGGCUAGAGAUACUCAUGGAAGGCCAAGUGAUGUAGUCCUCUUUUUCAAAAAAAUAAAUAAAUGGAAAAAAUUGAGUGAAAUUUAACAUAUGAAAUGAAGCACUCAUGAUAAAUUUUCCUUUAUGGGCUUAGUGGAUCAGAACAUGUCUCCCUGCUGUUCUCCACAUGCACAUGGAUCCUAGACCAGGAUAAGCCAAUGAUGGUAGACAUGAGAACAUGAACUUUUAACCUUCCUGUUGUCUUUUCUUGAUCCCCUCUAUUAAGAUUGCACCUUGCAUUUACAAGGCCUGUCAUCAGGCAAUGUGGAAGACUUGCCGCAGCUUGACUAGGGAAUUAGGCAAGGAGACAUGGAACUGCAUUAAACAAGGGAUACCUAUGAAGGGAUAGCUAUGAAGGACCCAAGGUGGGCUAACCUUCAGCCCUUCCCAGGGCUUGUUCUUUGCAGUCUCAGGUUGUAAAGACUGCAAGCUUGUUGCUAUUGGUAAGGGUAAAACAACGGGCAUAAUAAAUUGAUAUGUAUUUUAAAAAGGCACAGAAUAUUUCUUGAAGAAAUCCUGUCAGUUUCACUCUUUGUCUUUGCCUCGGUCCAGAUAACACGGCAUCUAUUCUAACCAGAAGAAAUGGAUUCCGGAGGCAGGAGCAGUCAGUUUACUAUUUGCCAGUAUUUAUUGUGGACAGUGGCUCUCCUUCACUGAGCAGCACCAAUACACUCACUAUCCGGGUGUGUGACUGUGACGCAGAUGGCAUUGCCCAAACAUGCAAUGCAGAGGCCUACAUCUUGCCAGCAGGACUUAGCACCGGGGCACUCAUAGCGAUACUGGCUUGUGUUCUGACAUUGCUAGGUAUGUCUUUGGGGUUUGUUCCCUGGAGAGGGACAGUUUUCCUUCAGAACAAAUGCAAUUCCUUUACUUAUAUGUGUUUGCAAUUGCUUGGGCGGGGAUCAAAUAAAAUGUGUUUAUUUAUUAUGAUAUUUGUAUACUGCCUGUAAUGUGGCCAUCUCGGGGUUGUGUACAAUAGAUCAUGAAAUAGAAUACAGAAACCAAAAUGCAAAUAAACUCACUAAAUACAAGAAGUAACAAUCAAGAGUUAGAAAAGGAAACGGAAACCUUAAAGGUUCUACAGUGGGAGGCAGUGGAUCAGGCCAAUUCCCAUCUAGUCCAGCAUCCUGUUCUCACUGUUCAACCAGAUACAGCAGUACCUUGGUUGGCGAACUUAAUCUGUUCCAGGAGUCUGUUCGACAACCAAGGCAUGGCUUCCGAUUGGCUGUAGGAGCUUUCUGCACUCAAUCGGAAGAUGUGGAAGCCGCAUCGGACAUUUGGCUUCUGAAAAACGUUCACAAACUGGAACACUCACUUCUGGGUUUGCAGCAUUCGGGAGUCAAAAAGUCUGAGUACCAAGGCAUUCAACAACCAAGGUAUGACUGUCCCUGUGGGAAACUUGCAGGCAGAACCUGAGUGCAAGAGGACUUUCACCUCCUGCAGUUUCCAGCAACUGAUAUUCAGAUAUAUAGCCAUCAUGACAUCAGUAGCUAGCAUGAACAGAAAUGUUUUCAGAAUGUGUUGAAAUUUUGCUAAUAUUGACAUGUGACUUAUUUCUGAGGGGAAACCCUUCUUGAGAGUGAGUGCCACCACAGAUAAGGCCUUUGGGGCUUCUCAUAUCUAGGUACUGACCAACCAAGACUUACUUAAUUUCAGUAGAUGAAACUGCAUCACAUCUUCAAUUCUCUAAAGUAAUUAGUUUCUGUCAUGUCAGCCACACUUAAGACACAUUUGUUUAGUCCGACACAAGAUGUACAGCAUGGGUAGGCAAACUAAGGCUUGGGGGCCAGAUUCAGCCCAAUCGCCUUCUCAAUCUGGCCCGCAGAUGGUAGAGGAACCAGCGUGUUUUUACAUAAGUAGAAUGUGUGCUUUUAUUUAAAAUGCACCUCUGGGUUAUUUGUGGGCAUAGGAAUUCGUUCUCCCCCCCAAAAAUAUAUAUAUAUAUAUAUAGUCCGGCUCCCCACAAGGUCUGAGGGACAGUGCACUGGCCCCCUGUUGAAAAUGUUUGUUGACCCCUGAUAUAAAGGAUAAGAACUGCAGCCUUAAAGCCUAACCCGCAACCUUAGGUUUAUAUAUACCAAAUCUUAUACAGUGGUACCUCUAGUUACAAACUUACGAUAAUUCGUUCCAGAGGUCCAUUAUUAACCUGAAACUGUUCUUAACUAGAGGCGUGCUUUCGCUAAUGGGGGCCUCUUGCUGCUGCUGCGCCGCCGGCACACGGUUUCCGUUCUCAUCCUGGGGCAAAAUUCUCAACUCAAGGUAACUCUUCCAGGUUAGAGGAAUUUGUAACCUGAGGCGUUUGUAACCUGAGGCAUUUGUAACUCGAGGUACCACUGUAUAUAGAUUUGGUAACACUGAAAGUAGCGUUACUUCUACCUUUCCAGAAGGUGUUCAGUCUCUUGAUUAUGCAUUUGCAGCCUGGAAUCUGUGAUGGUUACAGACUCACACCUGGAAUAAGCUCAGAGGCACAGAUACAUUUAUAUUCUCACAAUCACCUCAGAUUAGAAGCACCAAUUCACAAGUAAAAAAUGGCACUGGAGACUGGGGGGGGGGGGAGCACCUUUUCUAAAGCCUAAUCUAUAAAAAUCUCUGAACUGUGAUAGCAUUUUUUAAAUCAUUGCUUGGCACCUUACUUGAGUGCAUAUGGCAGUUAGGACUUGGCACAGUCCUGGCACCUUCUAGGCAAAUAAUGAUCAUGCAAGAAUUGCCAGAACUUCACAUUUCUCUGAAGCAGUUUUUUCAUCAUUAUUACCAUGUGUAUAGAUCAUUGUCUGUAGUAGACACACACUGGUUCACACUUCACAUUAAUGCACAGUAAAAAAAAUUCCUAUGCUUUCAUGUGAAUGAGCAAUGUGUGGUUGCCUGCUGCUGAAAUCACAGUUACUUCACUCUUUCCUGACUACUUUGUCUGGCUUGUACAAACUGAGCUCAUGGUUUGUUUUGGGAAAACAAACCACAAACACUAAGCAAUUUUUGGCUUCUUGUGGUUUGUGUGGAGAGAAACCCUGGUUUUGGACAACUCAACAUGCCAGAUCAUGCCUUGUUUCCUGGCAGCAGUGGAAGAGCAAAGCACCGACAAUUACCAGCAUGCUUUUCAUUCAUAUUAAACCAUAGUUUAAGUAUGGUUCAACGAGAUGUGCAAACCAGGCCACUUUAUAAGUGAGCUACAUUUGCAAGCAACUUUUUUUAAAGGCUAGAAUUGUUCCUGUUUUUGUAAAGGAGAUGAUUUAUAUCCUCUGUCAAGUAGGUGCAUUUAUUUUAACUUUUAAAGUUCAGAUAUACAUAGCUCAAGUCAAGCUAUGAUAAGGAGUGUAACAAACAGUGCUGGGAGCAGUGAGGUCUCUUUAAUCAGGCACAACUUACACAUGGGAAAUGCAGGCAGAAAACUGGAUUAGUGAACAAUAAUGGACAUAGUCUAGUAGUCAUAGGCUUAUAAUGCCCAAGCCUUCACAUGUCUGCUCAAAAGUAAGAUUUAUUGAGUUAAAUGUAGCUUACCCCAGAUAAGUGAGUACAGUGGACACUUGGGUUGCGAAUGUGAUCCAUGCGGGAAGCACGUUUGCAACCCGCAGCACUGCAUCUGCGCACGUACGGGUCACGAUUUGGCGCUUCUGCGCAUGCACAAGCCCCGAAACCUGGAAGUAACCCAUUCCGGUACUUCCGGGUUCGGCGCAAUGCGCAACCCGAAAUCGCACAACCAGAAGCGUCUGUAACCCGAGGUAUGACUGUAUAGGAAUACAGCCAAACAUAAGCUUAUUACCACUUGUGUAUGUGUCCAAAACCCCUUAAUAAAUAUAGCUGGCAAAUGUUAGAUUAUUGAGUAUAUAACUGAAGCAUCAACAUGUAUUUCCAUUUGUCCCAAAAUAUUAAUGAGUACGAAAAUACCAUAGAGCAUAUGAAACAGAUACAUACACGUGUUUCUUUCAUGUAACAUUGUUUUUUCAAACAGCAUAAUAUUUCAGGUGAGUAGGUAAAACUUAAAAAGAAUUCAGUAGCGAAUAUUAUAAUUUUGACAUGCCUUGAUAUUUAAUUGGAUUUCUGUUCAUUUAUGUUUCUUAAAACUUUACCAUCUAUUGAGAAAUGUCUAUGUGACAGAAUUUGAACCUAGUAGGGAACCAAGUGCAGUAACUGCUAGUGCAAAAUACCGAUCCAUCCAUCAUUUUGCAUUUGGCUGUGCUUGUCAGAAUUGACACAUUCUUCAUCUAUGGAUUCUGGUUUCCAACCUAGGCCUCCUGUGGUUCAGGUGUCUUAGGAACAGACAGGUAGAGUUUUCUAGCAAAAGUAUGAGAUUCAAAGACGACAGUGUUUUAUUCAGGAAGUGACAUUGCCCAUGACAAGAAAUGACAUAUGUGAAGACUAAGCUCUCCAGACAACCUUUCAGACUGUUAAAACUGCAAAAACAGCUUCCAUAGUUUACAUGCAAUGCUCUCCAUAUUCCAAGUGUCACAGAAAAGAGCAUUUCAAGCUAAACCGAACUUUGCUCAGAAUUACUGGGAGUUUUAAAUCAACUUGGCAGAAUACAAAUUGUUAGAUGAAGAACAAACUUUAUGCCACAAAUAUUUCUGAAUUAUUCUCUACCUAGCUGUUGCCUGAUUUAGAGCAGUGUUCAGAAAGACAUCUUGGAGUCCAAUUCCAUUCAUUUUUACUUGGAAGUAUGAGUCGAACUUAAUUUAACAAUCACAGAAGUAUCAAUUGCAGUAUCUGUUUAAGUAAAUUAUAGCUGUGGGUUGCCUAAUUUGACCAGACUGGCAGGAGGUUCUUAACCCUUUUCCCCCUGUACUGAUACACCAUGGGGUUUCUUCUCUCUGCACUCCUCCCAGCGGUCAUUCCUCCUCUGGUCACUGCUAUGGAUACAUAACCUUACUGUCAGGGACUUAAUAUUUUAAAUAAUCAUUCUAAUCCCAGAAAUUUACUAAGGAUAAUAUCCAACUAAGUCUAACUUAGGUCUGACAUACUGAAAUAAUGGGCUUUAUUGAUUUAAAUGGAUCUGUUCUGAGUAUGAUUUGUCUACUUGUUUCAUAUCUCUCCUUCCCCCCCCCCCCAUUUUUGGCAAAAAAAGGAAAGCUAAUAGAUAAAAAAGAAAAAGAAAGAGGAAAGCUAAAAAUAUGUCACAGGCCAAAAUUGCCUGAUUCUACCCUUUCAACAGAGAGGAAGUAUUUCACAAUGCACCUCUCCGUUACUCUUUUAAAAAUCUGGAUGUAUACCCCAUAACUCAUAAUGGGCAACCUUUGCUUGUUAAAUACUGUUCAACCUCUAUUCCUUAUUUGUAAAACAAUAAAUAAAAGGGAGCUGCUGUCCGCAUUACGCAGUAUGAGGUGAGAGACUGAAGUGGUAAAAUUCCAGUCUGCACCUUUACAGGCUAAGGAUAGAGUGUCACACUGUGAAUUUUUCCCCAUGUUAAAAAAAUAUCGCUGCAAGUAGCAAACAUGCACAGGAGUGGUUUAAUGUAUUCCUGUCCCUAAUGGGACCAUGCUACUACAUUUGGGGAGCUUUUUAUAUGGGAAAAUGAUUUUUUUUAAUUAAACAAAUUACACAGACUGAAUUGGUACUGUCCAUCAUUCUCCUUCCUGAGUCUUUUACUUCAUUUUUUUCAUUUAGACAGGCACCACCUCUCAGAUCCAAAUAGCCCUGUUGUUAUUGGAAGCCUUUAAGGCAAUCUGUACAUAUGAAGCAUAUUGUAUUCUAACUCUUGUCAGCUGUGAUGUUGUUUUUUAAAAAAAAAUGGGGGGGGAGAGUAAAGAUAAAAAAAAUACAUGAUUGUAGCUUAUAAAAAGCACAAGAAAAUCAUCUUGCUGGGUGUCAUUAUUUUUAUACUGUACAUAAUUCCUUAAAGAAAUAAGUGAGGAAAAUCUUCAAUGCCUCUGAGAAUUAUAUGGCAAUUGCGGUGUAAUUUCCCCCCAGUUAACAUCACAGACACACAAUAGUAAUUGCUUUUAUAAUAACUGUUUAACAUAAUCGUAACGAUCAUUUUGUGCCCCCUCAGACAUGUACAACUGUUUCUCAAACUCAAAAGGUUUUUCCUGUGCUUCAGUUAGGCACGGGAAUGUUAUUGAUAAGCCAAAACCUUUUUCCUCAUCUGAUGUAUCAAUGGCACAUAGGAGCACUGGUGUGCACAGGGGAAGUCCCCUUUAUGGCCCACAAGAAAGUGUCCUAAUAGCCAUUUUCAUUUCCCCGUAACAUUUCCCUCCACAUAAGAUUGUUUGUAUACUGCCUUUCAGCCUCCAAAAGGCCCCAAGACAAUUGACAAUGUUAAAAUAGCAUUUAGAGGGGGAAGCCAAGAACGCAUUUAAAAAAUCCAUAGACAAAUGAGAAUUCAAACCAUUCAAAGCUGUGCAGAAUGAAGAGGCUUAACUACCUGGACGUAGUCAGUGAAGAGGCCUCCCAAGUUGCAUGCAAAUAAUGAGCAUGUUUGUGUGGAAGAAGGUGGUCCUUCAAAGCUGGCAUUGCCCCUAAUAUAAAUAAAGAAACAAAAAUAAACAUGAAUCCGCUACUUUUUGGUGGAAACAGCACAGUCACCUGGAAUGUGUUGGAGGAUCACACAGAGAGUGCAGCAUUUCUGGUAAUUGCACUUUAAGAGUCUUAAUUGCCUUCCUCUUGAACCUUGCCAAACUCAAACCUGAACUUUAGAAACCAUGUAUGUUCAGCCUGGCUUUUGGUACCAGAGGUGGGUGUACUAGCCUCCCUGCUGGUGUCACUUCAUCAACCAAACUCAUAACAUUCAUUUUGGCUGGAGUGUACUCUUACUUUGUACUCAUUUCAUAGAUUGUAUGGGUUGUUCCAGGGCAGAGAUGGCAGCCAUGUUCUUCCUAGCCAAGCUAAUAAGAUUGCUAUGCUCAGUCUCAAGGGAGAUGCAAGCUCUACUGGCUCCGUAAUUCUCCCCAGUCUGGAUUGAAACAAGCUGGAGAAUAAUAGUCAACUUCACCUAUACAAACUUUACUGGGAGUACGGAUGGGGAAGAAAUUUGAUUCAGUUAGUGUUUAAAGGCAAACUACCUAAUUUGCACCUUCUGUGGGUCAGCAAACUUUUUCAGCAGGUCCACUGUCCCUCAGACCUUGUGGGGGGCCGGACUAUAUUUUUUGGGGGGGAAAUGAAUGAAUUCCUAUGCCCCACAAAUAACCCAGAGAUGCAUUUUAAAUAAAAGCACACAUUCUACUCAUGUAAAAACAUGCUGAUUCCCGGACCGUCCAUGGGCUCAAUUUAGAAGGCGAUUGGGCCGGAUCCGGCCCCUGGGCCUUAGUUUGCCUACCCAUGCAGUAUGUGUACAAAAUGCUUAUGCUAAAAUGUGCACAAAAUGCAUCUAUUGGGGAAAAUUGCAUACAAAAAUGUGUAUGUUAGGAGACACUAAAAUGCUGAUGAAUUUUCAUAAGGACUUUUUUAAAAAAAAUGUAAACUGAUGUGGAAAUAUGGAUAAUUGAACUUAAGAGUGAAUAAAUGGGGAACUGAAAUUGAUUGAAAUGUGGAGAACUGUACUUAAGAGUGGGAAAAUAACAAACUUAGAGCAACUGAAAUUAUCAGAUUCACCCAUUCCUACCUGAGAAUAAGCCCUAUAUGAUGCAAUGGGACUUACUUCUGAUUAAACACAGAACUGUAGAAUGGUAGAGUACAAUGCAGGAAUAUUCGCCCAAUGUGGGGCUCAAACUCCAUGACCCUGAGAUUGAGUCUCAUGCUCCAUCAACUGAGCUACUCUAAACAUGCAUAGGAAUUCUCUCUCAAUUCCAGAGAGGAAAAGUAAAUGACUUAAGGACCCAAUCUGGGGAAUGAAGAGGGGGUUUAUUUUCUGCUGAGGAUAAUUUGGGGAAUAAUCUCACCAUUGUUGGGGCCCAAUAUAUGGUGGGGGAACAGCACUCAAUGCUGAUCCAUAGCAUAGGGCCCAAUCCAAGGGUGGGUACCCUGCCAAAGGUAAGUAGACAAUAAACAUAUCUACCCUUUGAUUGGGCUCCUGCUGUGCUCCCCCAUACAAACCAAUGGAGUGCCUUCAGAUUUAUUCACUUGCUAUAGAGAAGGAAACCUUGCAAGAAGAUUGGCAGGCAAUUUUUUGGAUUUCCUCUGUGGUUGGUUCAGAAAAAUUAACUUAGGUCUUCUGAUUUGGGGGGGGGGGGUGUCAUAAAAUUUUGGGGUUAAUCCAAGGCAGGUUUAGGAGUGCUCAGUCAUCUAUUUUAAAAUAUGUGGCUUAGUGGGGAUGUGCUAUAUGCUUGUAGCAAUGGUAGAUUUUCAGUUUUGAAGCCUGGAGGUUGUGGUUAUAAGUAAGACUAACGAACAGUCCUGAAAAUUAGCCUUUCUGGCCAUUCAACUAGACACUGAUUAUUGCCAUGAAGUUGUUGAGAUUCCCCUCCCUUUCUCCUUCAGUAUCUCUCCUAAAGCAGUUCCCGUUGAAAUCCAACUGUUCUUGCACUGGAAUUCAGCACUAACUGGUUUUGCAGGCAGCGAGUGCCAUGACUCUUGCAGAGUCGCUAAAGUGGGAUUUAUUCAUGCAGAGGUUAAAAAUUAUUGUUCAGGAGCAGUUGGAGUGAUUAGAAAUUAAUAUUCUCUUAAAGCCAUUUAAAUGCUAAAAUGUUUAACCUUUCAAAGGACUUCAUAUUUUUCUUGGCUUCAAGCAAUCGUGGGCUGUGUGAGGCAUAACCACAUAAAACAUUCAUUUUAUCGUGAUUUUUAUUGUACCUCUAGGCUGGCAGAUCUACUAAGUUUCAUAUAUUUUGCACUUAUUAGCAGGUAUUUAACUCCCCAGAUGAAGUCUGCUGAACAUGUCAUAGUGUGAAAACACAUUUUCACUGGAGCAAAGAAAAGAUUAACUGCUCAAUACAUGGCUGUAGUACCAUCCUAGUGUGGUCAAAAGUAAUUCUUUUAAAAGAGAAAAGAGACGAGCUUCAUCAAUGGGCUCUUCAUUUGAAUCUUAUUACUAUCCUCAAUAUUUUAUUUCAUAAAAUUGUAGGGCUAAGUCCUGAAAUCUUUCCAGUUUAAUGACUUUAUAGUUCUUACCUUGCGUUUGUGCUCAUUAUCAGCCUAUGAAAUUGGCCACAAUAAGAUUGCCACUUGCCAAAGGUGACUGAUUUUCACAGCUUUGAAAACCAGCCUUCUAGAUUCACAGUGUGUUCUGCUACAGACUUUUCCACACCACAGAACAAGUCUUCCAAAGCCCACUUUCAAUAUUAUCCCCACGUCUUAUUUCUUCAGCUCAUUUAUAUGCCACCUUUCAUUACAAACAGUAUCAUGACAAUUAGCCAUGCAAUAAAAGAAUAAAAUAAAAUGUACAGUGGUGGCAUCCAAGAAUUGUUUAAAAGCUCAUUGCCUGGGAACACCUGAGCAAAUAGGUAGGUUUUCAGCAGUAGACAAAACAGCAAAUAAUUGGUGCCUGAUGCUGGUUAGCUAGUUGCAGUCUUAAAGAGGAGGACUGCAGUAUGUUAGUUGCAGGUCCCACUUGUUAAUGUGCCUACAUAGUACCUUUCCCUAUACUCAGAGCAGAAAUUUAGCCAUCUAAGAAGAGAAACAUGGAAGAGGCACCCUACUCAACCUCACUGUAUACCACUGUUAAAGGUAGUAUACAUUUGAAAAUUAGAAUACGUCAAAACGUUUUCAUUUAUGUGUUAUUGUGCUAAUGUAGCCACUGAGUUAAAUUGCAUACUUAAAACAUCAUUUUAGAAGAGAGGUAUUUUCUGCAACUUAUAGUUCUGCAGCUAUUGUUGUUGCAAACAACCAAUAAGCCAUCACAAUUUAUGAGAAAACAGUUAAGGUAUCUCUACUGUGAUGCAUAUUGGACCCUCCAGCUCUGUUUAAGGACUUACGGAACUUGGACUGUAGGUUCCUUCCAGUAGGUUAUAUUGCUUAUUGAAGGCAAAUAAAACAAUUUAUAUCCUUUGUUUUUAAAAUAAAACAACAAAUAGAUGAGCUACCCUUAAAACAAUGUGCAUGUGUUAUCUGGAACUGAAAUGAUGUCUUUGCUUGAUUUAUGAACAACGUUGGUUGCAAAUGAUGAUAAAUGUAUGAUACAGCUUAGUAUGAUUAUCUCUAUCUAUCUAUCAUCUAUCUAUCUAUCUAUCUAUCUAUCUAUCAUCUAUCCAUCUAUCUGGGUUAUUAAGUGUUAUACAAGUCAUGCUAAGUGCAGGCCUAUUGAAAUCCAUCAACUUCCAUUGGUUUAAAUGGGCCUACUCUGCAUGUGGCUAACUCUGGAGAUCACCCAUCAUCAUUAGAGUAUGGUCACAUCUUACGUGCAUUUAACUUACACAAUUUCAACCAUACGCAAUUGCAGGCUGCGGGUUGAAAUCCUACAAGUUAAAUGCAAGCAAGGAUGAAAGCUUAAAAACGUUUUUUUUUUUUUCCCUGCCAGAUUUUCCUGGCACAAAAAUAACUUUUAAGCUCUCUCCUUUGCUUGGGAAGCAAUGCCCUCUCCACACUCUGACUCUCAAGACUUAAAUGUUGACUAGUCUUUGACUGUUUCCACAAAUGCUCAUCUUGGCACUAAAGCCAACAAGAAAUCCUCUUAAGCUUCAGAAACAGCAAAAUUAUUACAUCUUCAUAUCAUAGGCCUGAUCUAAUAAAUGCCAGCAGCCUUUGCAGUUCUCAUCAGAAAUAAUUCACAGGUACACGGUGCCGUACUCUGCAUUAAAGGAAAGUGUUAUCUAUUAGAGAGAUGCUUUUAAUGCACAAACGGAGACUUAUGUUAGACAUUAUUUAACAACCCUGAAUUUCCCAAUCAAGGAUCGAAUACUUCAUCAGGCAGCCUGUCGUCAUAUACUUCAAUAAUGGAGUCACUUCCCAAAGUCUGACAGUUAAAUUACACAUGGUAUGUUUAUGAAUGUGCUUUUAUCACCUGAGCAAUUAAGAGUUCAGAAGAAGGUCUCUUUUUAUUGCAUGGCUGUGAGGUUGUAAUAUUCGGCCCGAGCUGGCUCUGGAAAUUUAUGUUUUGGCAGCCAGUGUAGUAUACAGAAUUACAUAUGAAGAUGUUAAAUCAGGAUGAGGGUGGCAAUAAAUUGUUUAAUGUCUGAAAGCCCUUGGUCUAAAAGCCAUUUUAGAACUUGUUAGCAAAUUUAAAAACUGACUGUAUGGUAUGACCACCAUAGUGUGUGAGCGGUUCUCUUAUGCAUAAUUUAGAAAUAGCUCCGUUGGUAAGUAAAAUCUUAAUGAAUGGAUAAAGUUCAGUAUAUGUCUUCGCUAAAUGUAUCGCCUCUUGCAUUGCAGUGCUUGUCCUACUCAUUGUUACAAUGAGACGACGGAAAAAGGAGCCCCUUGUUUUCGAUGAAGAGAGGGAUAUCAGGGAAAACAUAGUCAGAUAUGAUGAUGAGGGAGGCGGAGAGGAAGACACCGAGGCCUUUGAUAUGGCUGCCUUGAGGAACCUCAACAUCAUCCGAGACACCAAAACGAGGAGGGAUGUAACGCCAGAGAUCCAGUUCUUGAGUAGACCAUCCUUUAAAAGCAUCCCGGAUAACGUCAUUUUUCGGGAAUUUAUUUGGGAAAGACUAAAAGAGGCUGAUGUGGAUCCUUGUGCUCCACCGUAUGAUUCCCUGCAGACAUACGCAUUUGAGGGAAAUGGUUCAGUGGCUGAGUCACUCAGCUCUUUAGAUUCUAUCAGUUCAAACUCAGAUCAGAAUUAUGAUUACCUCAGUGACUGGGGGCCUCGUUUUAAACGGCUUGCAGACAUGUAUGGAACUGGACCAGAAAAUUUGUAUUCAUAG